AUGGAUCAUUUGAACGAGACAACUCAGGGGAAAGAACAUUCAGAAAUGUCUAACAAUGUAAGCGAUCCGAAGGGUCCACCAGCCAAAAUUGCCCGCUUGGAGCAGAAUGGGAGCCCGUUAGGAAGAGGAAGACUUGGAAGUACAGGAACUAAAAUGCAAGGAGUGCCUUUAAAACACUCUGGACAUCUGAUGAAAACACAUGCUAGAAAAGGUAACACGAUAAUUCUGAAUAUGGAACAUUAUUUUUUUUAAAAAAAAACCAAUAUAGUGUCUUUUAGAAGAAACAUAUUUCCAAGAUUUUUUUAAAAAAAUAAUUUGUAUUUCAGUACUACCUUUCUGUACUACGUGUAUCUCAUCCUGGCAUUUGGAAUGUUGAACUGUAUUAUUGGGUGGAGCAUUUUUAUGGGUGGAGUCCUUUUUAAUAGGGGAAAAAAGACUCCUUACCUUCAGAUUACCCAUCUUGUUGAGAACCUAGUACUACUGCUACCAGUCAAAGAUAACUCUUGUAAUAAGCUCGUUCUGUGUGGGGCAUUGAGCAAAACACUUUUAUAGCUUGUGAAUUAAUAAUAGGUUCUUGAAAAGCCAGAUUUCUCCUUCUACUCUUGACAAGAGUCCAAAAUUGGAAGGUUGACUGCAUUUGCUAGUUGGCUUCAAGAAAGUGAUGCAAAGCGUUUUUGGUGUUCAGUGGAAAACUCCUUUAUGAUGACCAUUUUUCGCACUUUGUUUCCUUAAGUACAAUUCAUUACUGAGCAAUGAACAACUUGGGUGUCAUAUUGUUCAAUGACUGGUUUGCUGUAAUUAGACGUUCUCACAAGAAAGAGACACUUUUAGAGCCGGUGACUGAUUGUGGUAUGUGUGUGUCUGCGUUAUGUCUUGUAUUAUGAAUAUUUUAAAGUAAAAUUAAUAGUAUACAUGAUUUUUGUGGAUCAUACACAACAGUCAUGUUAAUUUAUAUCUAGAUGUACUGUAUAUAAUUUGGCUUUUGUUUUAGCACUCCUUUUCUCAGUAUAAUUGCUACUAGUUUAUAAUUCAGAUUUCUUCUUGCAUUUACUAAGCAAAAUACAAAAUUUAACCAAGACAAUUAAACACAGAGAGUUAGAAGGCAAUGGCAUUUCAUUCUGAUGCAUAACAUUUAUCAUACAAUCAUUUAUUUUUUCCUUGGAUUGGCGAAAACAAAGAAUAUAUUGAUCUUGGAAUGAACAGACACAGCAGUCCGUAUUGUUAGAUCUGUAUCUAUUAAAAAUGGAAAAACAGCACUUCAGCAAAUUCUUUGGCCUCUGCUCAUGAUUACCCUAUUUAUUGAUUGUUUGCCAAGAAUGUAUGCAUCUUAAGAAAGCCAGGGUAAGGCAUUAAAAAUAUAAUUUAUUGCUGCUUUUUAAACAGAGUGCAUUAAUAUUAUGCUGUGAAGCACUGGGGCUAUAUAAAAAAGACUUUCUGACGCCUGCAAACAUAUAAGUUCCAUAAAUUCCUAAAUAGGAGAUUUCAGCUGUCUCUGGUAUUAUGUGAUAUUUGCACAGCAAACUUUAAUGCCAGGACAGUUUUAGACAAGGAUUCUACAGACUUCUCUGCUUCUUAUGGUAGACGUGCUGUUUACAUAGACUCAUAAACCUUCGGCAAAACCUCUAACACUGCCUUCAGGUUUAAAUCAUGCUGUAUUUUUAGCAUUGAGCACUGACCAGUGCUUUCCCCUUUAAUACUAGAAGGUUAUAAAGUUGCUGCACUUGGAGAUCUUGCCAAGUACUUGCAAGAGUGAUCAGCUAGCUGAGAUUGUGGCCUCCUGUCUAGCAUUUUUCACAUUUAAUAGAAGGGCACUUGUGACAGGUUGUUGAGAUUUAACAUCUGUAGUCAGAUGAUACCUUUUGGUAGCUACAGGGGGAUAUCAAAAGAUUAGUCAAGAAGAGGCGCUGCUUCUUUGAGAAGGGCAUUUGUGUUUUAAGUGCUGGAGCUUGCAGGCCUUUCACACAAUAACAACACUGACUUCCCCAUUAUAAUACAAAAUACCACAAUAAAUCUGUAUUUAGCACAGCUGGGGGUAAAUCCAGGGUGCUUUAGUUGGGAGGCUGUCUACUCCCCCCCCCAAAUAAUGUAAUUUUCUUACUUUGCGGUCAGUAGGAGGGAAGUAUAGAGUAAGCACAAGUUGAUACUGUAUUUCUAAAGCAUGCAAAAAUCUGUGCAGAUUCUGCAGUUAGGCUUUUAAUAGUCGUUCCAAUCCCAUCCUGUCCCCUACUCCCAUGCUUUGUGUAUUUGGGUAGUGAUGGGUCAAAGCAUAUUGUGAAGCAGAUUUUAUCCAAGCUCUGACAAGUGAACCAAGGAAGAAACCAGCAAUUUACAUUAUGAUAUUCAUGCUCUAGUCUUUUUUUAAAAAACAAACAAACCAAACACAACUUCCUGAAGCAUCUUGCUAUAUAAGAUGCAAAUUAUUGGCAAAUGUUUAGGUUUGUGGUCUGUGCUGAACCUAUUCAGCAAACCAAGAGAAGCUUGUACAUCUCUCUGAGCAACCCUGAAAGGAUUGAUUUGCCAAACUGAUUUCUCUGGUGGUGAACUGCUCAGUGCAGAGGUAAUUCAAACGGAGCCUUUCGCUGUAAUCUGCUACUGUAUGUGUAAGAGAACCAAAUGAACAAAGAGAUUCUAUAGUUCAAGUUACCUCAAUGUCUUCGAUAAAUCACUUUUACAAAUGCAGUAUGCGUUAUAUACCUUUUCCAGGAUUGGAUGACUUCUGUAAAUGUAGAUAGGGCAGUGCUUACAGAGGCAUUAACGUUGUAGGACUAAUUGGCGAUCCUGGGCGCCCUGUUAAAGUAACCUUUGCCAUCAUUUAUGCUAAAGAUUAUGCCCUCCUGGCAAUAUGCCAUGAGACAUCUCCCGUGUAGCGGCUGUUUAACCCUUUCAAAUCUUGUCAGUAAAGGGGUCUGAUCUGCAUCACUGUAGGUAGCCAGAGUUCUGCCUCUGGCUUAGUGGGAUGUAGGUGUUUAUAUUUACAUGCAACUUCCCUCUCAUUUAAGUCAUCAGUUGUAAUUUCGCAAGAAUAGCUCCUUCCAAUAGCAAGUGAGUGAUACUUGUACGGUGCUGCGUGAACAGUGGGCUAUUACUCCAAAUCUAGCUCAAAUGAAAGCGAAAUUUUAAGAGCCACAAAUAUUCCGAUGUUUAAAAAAGGCCUAGCCUGUUUCACUGGCAAUGCUGUCAUCUCAUUGAGAUCAAUGAGAGAUGUGAUGUAUGAUUUAUAAACCUUUUCUUCAUCUUGAUACAUUGGGACCACAGCAAUGUAAAAAUAGUCCCUUGAAAUUAAUUUAAAAAGAAAAAGGGAAGUUAAUUAUGUGCACACAUGUAUGGCACAGUAUUUAUUUUUUUACUAGUUAGCUGCUGAAAGUACAUAUAAUGGCAGUAACUUGGGUUACAGUAAAUGUGACAUAAUUAGAAUUGUGUAGGUGUGUGUGUUUCUUUUCUUUUCUUUCCAGAAUGUGUAUCUUGUUAGAUGUAACUUGAGUGUGUCCUGCUUAUUUCCAAACAGUAAAAACAAUUAGCAUUAGAUUGGGUGGGUUUUGGGUUUUGGGGGGUGUCUUUUGCACUGUUUUGUAAAUGUGAAAUUUGAAGAACAGCCAGACAAAGGUGAAAUUUUGUGACAAUUAGUAAUUCAGUAUUUUUGGCACUACUAGGGAAGUUUUAUUGUAAACAGAAUUAUGUUGAUGGCAUUGCAAUGGCUUGCUCUGAAGGCUUCUGCAGAGUAUGUAUUUAAGUAGUCACAUUGCAGACGCUCACAACAAAUCAGAUAGGACAACCAACAUUAUUUCUCUGCAGCCAACCUCACUGUUUCUAUAAGCAGGUACUGAAUUCUAGAGCAGACCAAGACCUGUACAUACACCUGUUACAGCAUUUUGUAGAUGUAUGCGUGUGAUGUAGCCUAUAUCUGGCAGGAAUCUGUGGGUAGGAUUUCAGCUGCAUAGCAUUUCUUUGACAACCCAUUCGGAAAGUACAUGUAAGUAACAAGGAAAUUUUGAUUUCUUAAAAUUGUUGUGUUACAGGAACCAUGCUUCCAGUUUUCUGUGUAGUGGAACAUUAUGAAAACUCCAUUGAGUAUGAUUGCAAAGAAGAGCAUGCAGAAUUUGUUUUGGUAAGGAAGGACAUGCUAUUCAACCAGCUGAUUGAAAUGGCAUUGCUGUCGCUUGGAUAUUCUCAUAGCUCUGCUGCUCAAGCAAAAGGUAAACAUUUCUUGAUAAAUUGCAAAACAGUCUUCAUUUACUUUUAGUGGGGGGACUGGGCGGACAGGGUAUUCCUUAUUUUCAGAUACGCUGUGCUAUUGCUUAUAAUCGGCAGCCAUGUAAAAUGUGUAUUUCAAAUUUUGCAUUGCAUUUUUCUUAGUAUAUAUUUUGCUCGUGUGAAACAUUGGAAGUAUGGCUUUGUUUUUAAAUGCCUUCAGUGGAGUAACAAUCCUUAAUAAUCUAUACCACUGAAGAUCCAUAAGGAAGAGAUACGUUUCAGCAGGUGGACAGUUGAGAAAGUUAACCUUCCCCCGCCGCUCAGGGCUGAGCCAUCUCUUAUUGUUUCUUACAGGGAAAUUUACAAACGCAUGUUUUUCAGUAUAGUAACUCGCUCAAUAUCCGCUCAUCUGUUAAUGUAAGAGGAGAGGACAUACGUGGUUGACUGUGAAUUUUAAAAAUAACUGUGUAAUAUAAAAGAAUCCCGUAAUCAUGGGUUCUUUUACCUGUUUUCUUAAAAUUACCAGCCCCACGAUUGAAACCUCUUUUCCUGUAAUCUUUCUGUCUGGUGCAGGACUAAUCCAGGUUGGGAAAUGGAACCCAGUUCCUCUCUCCUAUGUGACGGAUGCCCCUGAUGCUACAGUAGCUGACAUGCUGCAGGAUGUUUAUCACGUGGUCACACUGAAAAUCCAGUUGCACAGGUAUGUCACGCAGGGUGGCAGUCUAGAAUUUGAUAUAUUGUGAAUAUUCAGUUCCUGCUGAGUUAAGGCAGGCCACCCUUCAGAAUAAUACCUGCAUUCUUUUGUUACUGCAGUUCUUCGGGACCCACCCCACGCCCCAAAAUAUUGUAGAAACCUUAUAUUCACAAAGCUGCGAUUCAUAGCUUUCCUUUUGGUAUCUCAUUAAAAGUAUAUUGCAUUUUAGUCAAUUAAAUGAUGCAUUACAAGAAGGCAUUUUACAUAAAGUUUACUUAAGAGAAAAAUAUUUUUGCAUAUCAUGAACAGCACCAUCUGUGUGCGUUUUGAAAAAAAAAAGAAUGACUUGUUCGCUCUUAUUGUUGCUGUCGAGGUUUUUUAAAUUUCGCUAAACUAAAAGUGGGGGAAGCUAAUAUAUUAAUUCUUUUCAUGAUCAGUCGUGAGAAGGCAUUACACCUUAAAUUGUUUUACCAAGCGCAUCAGAGCAGGAAGGUAGAAGUAACAUGAAAAAAUAGUCGCCACAUGCAGCUGAUGUAUAAUUCAUGCAUCAAUACAGCAGAUGUGUUGUAUAAAGUAAUUAACUAAUCGGAACAAUCAGGAGACUGAGAGCAAUCUCCAGAUGCAUCUGCUUGAUGCACAAAAUGAAAUCUGUCUGUCUUAAAGGAAUGUUCUGCAGCAGAAUGCAAUCUUGUAAUAAUCCUUUUUCUAAUCUAUGUCUCAAAUAGUUGCCCUAAACUAGAAGACUUGCCUCCUGAACAAUGGUCUCACACAACAGUAAGAAAUGCUCUGAAGGACUUACUGAAGGAUAUGAACCAGAGUUCAUUGGCCAAGGAAUGUCCCCUUUCACAGGUACUUAGCAUAACAUGCAAUAAAUAAUAAAACACCACAGGCAACAUUGAUUUGAGGUUCUACAGACUGUUGCCGCUGGAAUCUCUUGCCCAAAAAACGCAAAUUUGCAUUACUGCCUCAUCAGAUCUUAAAAUGUAGUGGAUUUAUUUUUAAACAACUAUUCAGGUUUAAUCCUGUGAAAGACAUACUGAAAUAAUAUCAAUACAAAGCUGGAGUUCGGUGCUUUUUUAUGUCAGAUAUUUGAACUGCAUUAUUGUAACUUGUGUUAAUAGAGCACAUUGGGUGUGUGGCAGUAGUUAAACAUGGUCACACCUGCUGCUGAAUUUGAAUGUUGUGUUAUAUCAAACCAAACUAGUUUAGUAUGCUAAUUUAUAAAAAUAAAGAGUCACUUCAGUGUUUUCUGUGAAUGUAUGAUGUGUUCUAAACAUCUACAAAAGAAAAAACAAAAAAUUAUUAGGACAAAUCCAAAUACAUAAUAACAGUAUAAUGAGCAAGACAGAUUCCAGACAUGCCACUUAAAAGUGCUUUUGAGCUCUUUCCCACUGUUGGUGUGCCUUCACGAAAUAAACGCAGUGCUAGAAUCAGAUUGUUAAAAUAUUGUAGACGUGCCUUCCUGCAUGCGCAUCAAUUGCAUUUCAGCUUUCCUGUGGUGUUGUUUUUGUGCCACCUGUGAACAGGUGCUUUCUAUUUGCAGUGCUUCCUUUUAGUUCAGUGCCCAGUGUUAUUCCAUUAUGUGAAUGGCUCAUUUCCAUAUUUUAACCUCUCUUCCUUGUAUAGAAAUACCUCUUUGGUCACUGUUGACAAGCAAGAUUACCUGCUUUCUCCUUUCUUUUCUGUAACCAGCGGCAUGUGUCCAGUGACUAUUUGAGUCACUAUUCUCCACCCACUUGCUCUCUGGUGCAACCCAAGAAGGGAAAAUGUUGCCGAUUUCACUGACGCUUCCUCACCUAAAUUUCAUUAUAUUAUUAUUACUUGUGCCUACAGUGUGUGUGCGUGUGUGCGGGCAUACACACAAACCACAUACCCAAUUUUAAAAAUUAGAUUCAUUUUGCUCAUGAAAUUGAUCAGGCUUUUCUCCAGACUUUUUUCUACCAGCUUGCCAAGAUUCCCAGAACAGUGAAGCAAAUAACAGUGGAGAUGUCAGAUAGAAAAAGAGGCUUCACAUUCGGGUUUCACCAAUCGACUCAUGGGUAGAAGCAGGGCUUUUCUCCCCACAGCUGGAACUCACUGGAACUCAGUCCAGGCACCUCUCAGCUGAGCGCCAUUGCUAUUAUAAGAGAUCAAAGGAGGCGUUCAUAGUGAGUUCCGGCACCUCUUUUUCUAGAAAAAUAGCACUGAGUAGAAGGCAUUAGACAAUAUAGUCUCAUGCACCAUUGGGCAACCAUACAGGCAAUCCAAGUGGGAACUGUCUCCCAUACUAGCUAAGAAAGGGCUUUUGUGACCUUUAAAGCAUAACUUGUAAAUAGUAAUGAAUGGCUAAUUUAUAUGAUGCAAAGCUUCCCAAGUCGUUAUUGAACUGCUUGAAAUAAUCUUAGCUUCAGAAUGUACAAAGUAUGUUAGUUCAGAAAUCUUUCGAACAACUGUUUAACUCAAGACAAUCUUGUUAUUUUAAAUAUUGUAGAUAGAGGCUAAAAUCUGUCGGUUUGAGGAAACCAAAGGCAUCCUCGAUAUUCCAUGGCAGGGACAAGAAUUAAGCUGAUCAUUUCCUGAGCUACAGAUUUUAUUAGUUUCUAUUCUAGCUCUGUGAUUAUUUCUAGCCGAAUUGUUGGUUUAUCUAUAGGUUUUAUUACAUUUGGGUCAGUAGGGUGGCUGGAUUUUUAUUGUGUUUAGGAUAUCAGCCUUAAAAAUACAUACUUGGAAGUGAAUCGUACUGGAAUGGAUGGGUCUUGUUUCCACAUAAAUCUUGCCUGAGCUUGGAUCUUUUGUUACUCAGAAUUAUCUUGCCUAUAGUAAAGCAAUUUCAUAUAAAUAAUUUAUAAUCAAAAUGGACAUUUUAUAUAUUUAAAAUAUAGCUCAUGUGCCUCUGCUGACAGAAGCUUCUCUGAUUCAGCAGAGGUUUCCAUCAGUGAAUUGUCAAGGAAAGUGAUUUUUGCCAGUGUCCCCUAUUUCCUAUAACACCUUUCCUGCUGCUUCAAAGGGUCCCCCCAACUCUCUGGGGGAGAUUGGGGGGGCUGGGGGGGGGGAGAAAGGGAAUCCAUGAAAAAUCACCUUCCCUCCCCCUCUUCCACUGACUGAAUCAAAAGUGCACUCAAUCAGCAGAGGAGCACCAUUAUAUACAACCCAUCUUCUUCCCUUUCUGAAAGUCCUUUAGAAUAAGUUUAUUUAGACAGAACAUGGGUAUUUAGGAAGGACCGUAUUUUCCCGUCUAUAAGACACCCCAUGUAUAUUUUGGGGGACUCAGAUUUAAGAAAAUGGGGGGAGAUGGCUCAGAGUAUAAGACGCCGCCUAAUUUUUGAUAUUAUUUUUUAGGGGGGAAAACCUAGUCUUAUAAGCGGAAAAAUACGAUAUAUAAGCUUCAGAGAUACACUAGAGUGUGGCUUUUAUAGAGGAAUCAAUCACUGCUACUUUUAGUAAUUAGAAACUAUUCCAGCAGUAUAUUUGCAAGACUCAACUGUGCACAACCAUUCCUUAGCUUUCUGGAUGCAUGUGUGGACGUUGAAGUUAAGGAGGUCACAUACAGCUCAGUACCUGGAAAAAUGUGCGAGAAUCGUGUGAAAAGGGGAGGUUUCCAGAGAAAGAAUAGGACGCAUGUUGUGAAUAUACAUUGCUCGUAUGCAUAUAUGCGUCCUUUGUGAACUGUUCUUAAACUGUCUGCACAUUUUUAGAGAAUAUGCAACACAACAUGAUGCAUGUUUACUCAUAAGUAAGUUUACUUUCUUUCCUUGAGAUUUACUUGGAAGAGUGCACAGAAAUGUAGUCACUUUACAACAUUAUCUGAUAACGUGAAGGCAGGAGACGUGCAAGUCAGUUAUCUGAAGAGGCAGCAUUUUACAUAUUUUGGUAUCUUAUUGCAAUCUAGUUGCAGCUUGUCCACAAAUGUAGAUAUGAUGCAAUGCUAAGCUAUAUUUGCUUAUAUCUGUACCUUUAUGUAGCACUCCCAGUAUAAGCUGCAAUUAUAUAAAGAAAUAAUUUUUACUGUAAGUGCACUUGAGAGCACUGAAAUCAAGAAUCUGGAAAACAAUACAUAUUUUACAGUAAUUUAGAUCAGUCUAUAUCUUCCAAGUUUUAUAUGGCAAAACCAGGAUAUAACAUUAUAUAUAUAUUGGAAAUGUUGUAUUUCAGUUUGAUUUGCAUGGUUCAUGAUGCUGGUUUUGUUACACCUAAAAGAGACAAUCUGUUUGUGGUAAGGAUUAAUAGUUUUGUAAUGAAGGAUAUUACCUUGUUGAGUUAUCCCAGACACAAGCACCAUGAGGAGAGAAAAGAGGGCCCCAUCUAUGGCUGAGAUGGGUUUGGAUGGAUCCAAAACCAUACUUUGCAUCAGAAGCUAUGAAGAAUUAUGGCCAUUGCCAAUCAAGCUUAAUUUACCCCAUAAUUAUUUUUAAAAAAAAUUUUUGUAGCUUGUAUGAUUCUGGGGUUUUGCUCCAUGUAUUUAUAUGGCUGUCAAGUUCUUAAGACUUUCCUAACAGCCAUAAUGACUUUUUGAAUGAAUAAAUAAAAGCCGAUGAUCCAUUUUAUCAAGGUUCCUUGCACCAAGCAAAAUUAACUUAUAGCUCUUGGGGCACAUCAGCUCUGCUUUGCUUUCCUCCCCAGGGUUUUUUUUAGUUUGCAUUUCAUCCUAAUCAUUGUAAAGAAUAUUUGAGCUUAUUUAGAUAUAGAUAUAUAGGGAAGAACCCUAGUUUGAUUACUUUUUUCCUAUAAACUGUUUGGCUUCAAAAAUAGAUUUAAAAUGUGUUUGUUUUAUAACAAUAAUUUUGGAAUGAAGUUAUAAUCAUUUCCAGAGGGAUAGCUGUGUUGGUCUCCCUGCAGUAAAAACACAGAAGAGUCUUGUGGCACCAUAAAGACUAACAAAUUUAUUAUGGCGCAACCUUUUGUGGAUUAAAUGUAAUCCUCAGUUGGCAGGUAUUUAUACACAUGGACAUAAAAGAGUGGGAAAGGUAAUAGUUGGGAGUCAAAUGGCAAUGAAAUGCAAAAAAAAAGAGAGUAAGAACCAAAUUAUCACAGAGCAUCCUUUUUCUACUUCAUUGCUGUUUAACUCCAACUUUUACACUUCUGCAUCUGUGUAAUAAAGGGACCCCUGAAAAUUAGAUCCAGUUGCGGACGACUCUGGGGUAGUGGCGAUCAUCUCGCUUUACUGGCCGAGGGAGCUUCCGGGUCAUGUGGCCAGCAUGACUAAGCCACUUCUGGCAAACCAGAGCAACACACGGAAAUGCUGUUUACCUUCCCACCAGAGCGGUACCUAUUUAUCUACUUGCACUUUGACGUGCUUUCGAACUGCUAGGUUGGCAAUGGGAGCUCACCCUUUUGCGGGGAUUCGAACCGCCAACCUUCUGAUCGGCAAGCCCUAGGCUCUGUGGUUUAACCCACAGCACCAUCCGCGUCCCAUCUGUGUAAUAAAUACCUGCCAAUUGAGGAUUACAUUUCAUGCAUCUGAUAAACUGGACUCUUAAUCUACAAAAACUUAUGGCAUAAUAAAUGUGCUGGCCUUUGAGAUACCACAAAACUCUUAGUUGAUUUUGGUAUAAUCAUUGUGUGUGGUUUGUGAAGCAAGUGCCUGGGCUUUAAUUUGUUAUUUCUGUGCAUGCAUGAAACAGUGGAAACUAAAGCUGAUGUUUAUUUGGUCUAGUCUGAAUUAAGGGCGGGGAGCAAGGAGAAAGUUGCAAUAUUAGAAAUGGGCGUUUUCUAUCUUUUGCCCCCUCUGUACAGUGGUGCCUCGCAAGACGAAAUUAAUUCGUUCUGCGAGUUUUUUCGUCUUGCGAAUUUUUCGUCUUGCGAAGCACGGUAUUAACGGUUUUAAGAAAAAGGAAACAAACUUGCAAGACGUUGCGAAGCAAGCCCAUAGGGAAAUUCGUCUUGCGAAGCAACUCAAAAAAGGAAAAACUCUUUCGUCUUGCGAGUUGUUCGUCUUGCGAGGCAUUCGUCUUGCAAGGUACCACUGUACUAGAAUGUUGUGAGAGAUGCCGUUGUUUAUCCACUAGAAAGUAUGCAUACAGCAGUUGUGCAAAAUAACUUCUUACCUCCACAGCAGGUUGAUCGAGAGUAAUAUUGCCCUGUUGUUCUCAUACAUAUUGUUUGCAUAAAGAAGUACAAGAUAACUUACAAAGUGCAACAUAGUGACUGCAUGUAUGCUUUUCGGUGGAUUAUUAGAAUUCAUUAUCAAGGUCUAGACAAUCAGGAUCUGUAUAUAAAGUUUUGUAAGAGUGCUUAAUUUUGCAUUCAAACUUUAGAAGGGUUGGGGACAAGGUGCUGACACUCUCCUUCUCCAAGGUAGGGCCAUGUUAAUGUAUAAACUGUGCUCCAUAGGUCUGCACAAGAUAGGAAGAACAAGUCUUGGUAGUGUUAAUUGCCUUGACGCCAAUGAGAUGUGUUGAAUUUGGUGACAGGGAUAGCAGUUUGAAUUAUAACCACUUCUUUCCUCUUUCCCAGUGCCAGGUAUUCCUGCUAAUGCCUUAAAUUAUGUGAAAUGCUUUGUGUUGUAAAGAAUUAUGCUUAUAUCAACACAAAUACUUGAGAAGCAAGGUGGGCAUCUGCCACUAAACAUAAGCAGCUCUCAGGAUGGGACAGGGGACGCGGGUGGCGCUGUGGUCUAAACCACUGAGCCUAGGGCUUGCUGAUCAGAAGGUCGGCGGUUCGAAUCCCCAUGACGGGGUGAGCUCCUAUUGCUCGAUCCCAGCUCCUGCCAACCUAGCAGUUUGAAAGCACGUCAGACUGCAGGUAGAUAAAUAGGUACCGCUCCAGUGGGAAGGUAAAUGGUGUUUCCAUGUGCUACUCUGGUUUCGCCAGAAGCAGCUUAGUCAUGCUGACCACAUGACCCAGAAAAACUGUCUGCAGACAAACACCGGCUCCCUCGGCCAGUAAAGCUAGAUGAACGCUGCAACCCCAGAGUCGUUCGCGACUGGACUUAACUGUCAGGGGUCCUUUACCUUUACCUUUAGGAUGGGACAGAGCAGGGUGUGAAGGAGAAGCGAAGGGUGGGGAGAUUGGCACAAUGCGGAUACACCAGUGAAGCCACUAAGAGUAAUCUCUCUGUUCAGCAGCUGACCAAUGUAUGCCUGUCAGGGAAGGCAUUGAGAGGGGAGAGCAGGUCUGUAGUGCUGGGCACCAGCCAAUGCGUAGAACAUGCAAGGGGCCUGCUGUCAAUUCCCUGGAGACUCAAAGUCCUAGGCUCUUUCUCCUGACUGCAGCUGCUUUGAUGAGCAUGGAAGUAGUGGCAGAGGAACAGGGCUGGCCUGAGACAUUUGGGCACCUGAGGUGAACAACAAAAUGGCACACACACCAGGGAAGAAGAAGUGAGCACAGAUCUACAUCAGGAACCGGGGGGGGGGGGAUAAAUAUCUACAUCAGAAACAAGGGGGUGAGAGAAGUUCUAUACAGUGGUACCUCGGGUUACAGACUCCGCUAACCCAGAAAUAGCACCUCGGGUUAAGAACUUUGCUUGAGGAUGAAAACAGAAAUCGUGCUCUGGCAGCACGGCGGCAGCGAGAGGCCCCAUUAGCUAAAAUGGUGCUUCAGGUUAAGAACAGUUUCAGGUUAAGAACGGACCUCUGGAACAAAUUAAGUACUUAACCCGAGGUACCACUGUAUCAGGAAUGGGGGGUGGAGGUGGGAAUGAAAUCAAUCUCAACUGAUGGUUGAAGUGGGAAUCAAAGGCUGUCAUGGGAUGGAAAGAAGCCCACUCUGAAUAGCACUGGGUGGGUGCAGAGCCCAAGAAUAGGGCAGCCCCCGCUAGGAGGUGGGAGGAGAUCAGCAGUGUCCUCUGCAUAGACGCAGCAUGGGAGGGGGGCUGACACUGAGGGGACAGCACAUCUGGCCUUCAAGGAGCCUGCGACAACCAUUGCUACUGCAGCAUGAGCAGUUGGCAAUACAUGCUUUAGAGUGCAUACAUUCUGCUGCCUCUGAGGAUUCCACUCCCUGAGGUGGUCGCUUGACCUUGCCUCAUGUUCUGAAUAGGCCUGAAGAAGUGGAGCAGCAUCCUCCAUUCACCUUACGUUCUUCCUCUUCCUGUAUGGAUUUAUCCGAGAGGAAGAAGGCAAGGGAAUGGGCAAUAGUGCUGAGGAAAAGGUGUGCCCACUUAAAAAGAGGACUAUCUUGCCCAAAGGCCCCCCCAAAACACGAAACCAAAACUUAUUCCUGGUUAUGGUAUAUAGGUACUGACUGCCUCAGUCUUCUACAUAUUACAUAAUUGGCCUUCAACUAUACUUCAACCAUAGAAAAUAAUGUUCAACUUGAAGAGUUCACAUGUUGCUGUGUGUGCACCUACAUGUGUUCACAACGCUUCAACAGCAUCAGUCAUUUUAUAUCUCAGCAGUUGUAAUAAUGGUAAAAACCAGAUUUGUGAUUUCAGCUUGAACUCUGGCAUAAGGGAAUCCUAAAAAAAAAAAAUCUAAUAGGAAAAUGCUCUAAAAGCUAACCUCUCUCCCCCAUUGUUGUAAAAACUGACAAGGUACUACAACCCUAAUCCUUGCCUCCGCCUCUCCCCAUAUCCCAAGAUAGACAUCUCUAUCAGCAGGCCAUUAGGCAAUUUUUGCUUGAGGGUUUGGAACAGGUAGUUGCCGAUUCUGUUGUCUAAGGCCUGGUAUUUCACAUCCCUUAAAGCUUUUAAAGGAGGCGUUUUUAUUUCAUUAGCAAAAUCAAAUUGUGUCAAAGAGCAGCAAUAUACACCGCUUGCCUCAAGCUCUAGAAUGGCCUUGUGAUAUCAUUAAAUUACAGUGCAUUUUUAUGCACAACACAGCCUUUUUAUAUCACCUUUACAGAUGUUUAUACGUUUCAGGGUCCCCCCCCCCCAUCAUUCCAAGCAACUUUAUCCUUGAAUAGAAUAUUUUACAAGAAGGUUGUCGUUUUCUAAAAAUUCCUAUGUUAAAAAAAGGGAGGGGGGCAUCUGCAAAGUAUAAAUUGAUGGGCCAAUGUAAAUCAAGGACCCUAGCUUGCAUGUCUGCUUGUGUGAUGAGAUGUUUCUUUCUGAGUCACAUUUCCUGAUUGAUUGAUUGAUUGAUUGAUUAAUGUAUAUACUGUCCCUCAUCAAAAGAUACCAGGGAGGUUCACAGAAUAAAAUACAAAGAUAAAACACAAGUAAGCAAUUAAACCAAAACACAAAACAAUGCUCCCCAUUCCCACAGACACAUUUAAAAGGCUGUAGACUAUUGAUUAUAGUGAUAUUAUCUAAAUUUGAAAUUGAGAAACAGAAACAAGAAACUACUAUGAGCUGAGCCCAAAUCUUCCAGUUCUAAAAAUUGGGGCUUUUUUAUGACUCUCUCAAAACUCUCUUGUAUUUGCCAAAAAGAGGUGCUACAAGCAAGGAGGGCUGAAGUGAGAGAGGACUUUAAAAUUCUACAUGGCUCUGCUACAGCAUCCAUUCCUGACUGGGAAACAAAGUUCCCAGUGCUUAUCUGCUUAACGGACGGAGCUGGGAGGCGUGGGGAGCAUUUUACGUAUAGCAAUAGAUUAUUCUAGGCUUUAAAGAAUACUCCUUUACUGUUGCCGAAUUGCUCCCUGCCUCUGUCUGCAGUUUGCCAGGGUGUGUUUUGGGAACGUUGGGCUAAUGGAAAUAGUGGUGGUGAGGAAAAUUUUCUCUGUUUUUGUGUUUUCAGGAUUUAUUGGCGAACUCUCAGAAAGACCUCAAGAUCUGUUUGUUUAUUUUGUCAGAGUUCUCAGAGAAAGCUUACGUAAAAUGAGUUAAUUACGAAGCAAGUUUGUGGGGGAUGGUGCUUGCCCAUCUGUAAUUGCUUAGAUAAAGUUGGUGGUGUGUCCAUUUCCACACUAUCCGUAGAAUAACAACAUCCUGUAACCAAUCAGAUUAUCAGAAUUCUCUUGCCUGUUUCGUCAAAAUAAUGCCAGGCAAGAGUAAAACAAAGUUCUGAGUGGAGGAUAGUAAUGGGGAAAGAAACUAAAGGGGUAUCCCACUGGAACAUAGUAAGAAAAUCGACCAACACAAAUGUGGUUUAUUAAGACCUUCCAAUUACUCUCUUUUGCAAUCCCACCCUUUGAUUCUCCCUCUCCUCUUUUACCCCUGAGCAACCAUGGAAGUACUAACCACCGGAGUUAGAUUACAGACACGCUUGAAAGAAAACUUUCGUAAUUAUCCCCUCAUUCAUUUUUUUAAAAAAAAUAUUAGGUUUACAAUAAAUUUAUGCACAUGGCCAGAAUAGUAGAAGAAUAUCUAGUGGCCUUAAAAUUCUGUCUUGCUCUUCUACUUUUUAUUGAUGCUGCUCCUAAUUCUUAAGAAUGGAUGUGUUAUGUUUGGGACACUUCCAUUCUCCUCCAUAUUGACAUUUUAGCUUGUUCUCCUGUGGAAUGUUCUAGUACUUUCUCCUGACUUGUUAGAUAAGCCAUUUUCAGUAUUUUUAUGUGAAGAAACAUUAAUAAUGCCAUAUUCAUGAGGGUAAAAUAAUUAGAGGUGUGCACCAGUCACAAGAUUCAACUUGCAUCUGUAGCUUUGGGAAGCAGCCCAAUCUGUUUCAGAACUGCUCUGUGCCUUUCCAAUUCAGAUCUAAUUCAUCAGAUUAGAUCUGUUAAAAAAUGAAGCUCUGUUUCCUUCCCACCCGUUUCACUCUAAUGGGGAAUUCAAAAAUGGUUAUAACUUUUCUUUUUCACAGAAGUGGAUGAAAUUUGAAAGCAAAAGAGCCCCUCUAGAUUAAACCUUAAAGGCAGACACAUCAAGGCAUUUUAAUGCAGGGCACUUUUAAAACUUUGUUUUAAAAAGAAAAAAAAAACUUUUAUUUUUUUACAAGACACAGAUGUAGGUUGCAGGCAUGGCCACUAUUUCUGAAGAGAUGAAGCCUGCUACAUUUCAGAAUGAGAGAUGCAGCCAUUGUCCUACAAGUCAUUCUCCACCCCCAGACUUUACUAUUUGGGGGUGGCUAAAUGCAAUGGCAGAGGAUCCCCAGGAAAGUCUGAAGUGGGGAAAAAUGUCAACCCUUUUAUCACAAUAAUAGUUGAUGGGGUGACAGACUUUUCCCAGCACCCAAAAAGAACAAUAGAUUUUUUGCAAUAGAACGUGUUUCCUAUAGGAGAGAGGUAUCACCACUGACGUGUAUAGGUAGUGGAGGAGGGGGAAAGCAUAGAUUCAAGUAAAAAGCAAGCACAGUGUUUAAUAUUUAUUUCAACAUCCUUCUCCCAAAUCACUCUGAAAAAUAAUUCUCUCAUUAAAACCUAGAGCUGUCUGUCAAAAUUAAGGAUCUUCCUCUCGCCUCUCCACAACCUCCAUAGUUAUUUUCCAUAGUUAGUUUGGUUUUUCUAAAAAGACACAGAAUUUACAUUAGAAAUGCAGUAUUUUUAAGCACUGAAGUUCACAAAGUGAGUCAGGAUAGGGAGGCUCUGAUCCAGCUUGGUGUGCCAUUUUAAGAGUGCAUUCUGAUUUGGGAAAAUGGGGACCCCACCCCUGUUUAACCUCCUAAUUCUGGAAAUCACACAGAGCCAAUACAUACCCCUAAAAAUAAUAUUCCCUUUGAUACUUUCCAGGUCAAAUUUCCUUUCAGCAACCUCGAAUGCAAAAUGGUUCCUAAAAAUCUGGAAGCUCAGCGGCAGUAAGACCCGAUGACGGUGCUCAUGUACCUGUAUAUGAGAACUCCAGCAUUAUAUAAUGCCCAUACCAAUUACAAAGUAUUUUAGCCCCUAUGGAUUUUAGUUUGCACCAAGCGUAAUUUUGCUCCUCUGCUUAUUGCCCUGUUUGUUCUGUUCAGGAAAAAGAACCGAGAAGUAUAUCUGAGCUAUGUUUCCAUGGAAGGAGAAUACAUAUUCUUCUACAUGAACAACAGACUGGUUCCAAGAUACUUUCUGUUUUGGAUUAAAAAAAAAACCUGCACUACAUAGAUGACAAUUUUACUAUUUUAUAUAUAGUUUCUUAGAGGGUUGAAAAAAGCAAUUGCAAUUAGUGUAAGCAGUGUAAUAUGUCUGCACAUGCUUGCACUAUAAUGAAAAAAUCAGUUUUACCUGCCCAGCCGUGAGGUGGCUUUUGCAAGAGUUGUAGUAGGACCCGAGACAUACAGAACAAACACGUGCUAGUUUGUGUUUUAGAGAGUUGCAGGGGGAGCGCAGAACUUUGAGAGUCUUGGUUCAGGUUCUAUACAGCAGACACAAGCACAGAGCUUAUUUCAACAAUAAUUUCUGUUAAAUAUACUAGUGCUGUAAGCUGUGUACAUUAAUUUGCUAUUUGUUUUUAAUUUGUAAACCUCUGUUUUCAUUUUAUGUGGGAACUUUAAAAUAAUAUUUGACAGUGUUUUCACAACAUUGUGGCCCAGCUGUCCUGAAGGGUUGCUACUGUGUUGUCAAAUAGAGCUAAUUUUAGCCCGAGUAAACCAUAGACCUGUGAAAUGGCUUAAACAUGUAGUAGCUCUCACCCAAAGUAAUGGAUAUGAAAAAAUUAUUUCAGGUCCAGUGCAGAUAAGAUAGAACAUUGAUAGAGUAAUCCUAUAUGCGUCAUCUCAGAAGCCCUACAGAGUUCAAUGGGACUUACUCCCAGAUAAGUGUGUAUCGGAUGAUUCCCCUCCACUCCCAAAUUGCAAAAAAUACCAAACUCAGUACGAGGAGAGCUAUUUUAGCUGUACUAGUAAUCAUAACUACCUACACUCACUUGAUCACACCUAACACUGAUACAUUUUCUGUGAAGUAUGACAUUCGUUACAUCUGCCACUGCAAUGAAAAAAAUGUUGCUUACUUUAGGUUAAUCACUCCCCCCACUGUUUACAUUUCUGAUCAUCCCGAAUGAUUAACGCCUGUUAUUCAGUCAUCUUAGAUGCAAAAAUUGCUUUCAUAAUAGAAACUACCGUUUCUGUCUUCAUAGAGGUGGGUGAUAGAUAGCCUCACUGAAGUGAAGGCAUGAUGUUUCGACUCUCUGCAAACCAAGGUUUCCUACUUCCUUCUUUAGAGCAAACCCACUUCUCUUUCCUUCUCUUCCUUUAAUCAUAGUUUAGCAUUGCUUGUGUAUGAAUGAUAAUAUGGUUAAUACUUACUAUGGUUACAAGAACGUGAAAAUCCUACAUUUGGCUCCCAGUUUCCUAGACAAUGAUUUGUCUCACCAGUAUGGGUUGGAAAUUGACUUAUGUUCAUCAGAGUUCUGCUCACACUGCAGGAGGGGGUAAAGGCAGGUUUUGCCUAUCCCUUUUCUCUCUGUGCCCCUUGAAAGCCUUCUCUGGUGGCUUGGGUGAUCCCCCAGAACAGCACAGGCAGCUGCAGGUAGAAGAGAAAAUGGGUGAAAAUUGCUGCCCCUGCUUCCUCCAAUAGGCAGCCUCUACAAAUCUCAUUCAUUUCCAUGAAUAGAAGCAGCUCUUUCAUUCACAGAAGGAACUGUCCUGGCUGCCACCCAAGAACAACAACAGGUGUACUUUCUUGGAAGUAAGAAGCCAAGUUUUAUUCAGACAGCAUAAACUCAGCAACAAGAGAAGAGCAGAAAUUAGUUCAGAUGCCCCUGGACAUCGGCGAUGAAGCAUAAAUCAAACCAAGCUUUAGGGUUCCCUAAAUGCAUUUCAGGGACAAAUGCAUUUCAGAAGCCAGAUUUGCAGGCUCAGGAGCUGCAGUCUGAGACUGUGCAUGAAUGAGCAUGAAGCUGUUCCAACAAUUGGCCGCAUCUACCCUGUCCCCCUUUAAACAGAUGUGCAGACCUAGCCAGGCCCUCUUUCUUGGAAACUGGGUCUGCCCCUGCCUGUGGAGGUGCUGUCAUUGCUUCGGAGACAAUAAAUGACUUUCAUUCUCCCUUGACAGCUCAGUCCGUGCCAUGGAGCUCUCUCCUCUGGCACUGAAGGGGCUUCCCUGGCAUUGGAUAACUCCACCUCCUCCCACUAAACCAAGGAAGAGGGGGUCUGUGAGACUUCCAGAGGGAGAUUCUCAUCAGAAAGGCUCAGCUCCUGGUCCAGGGCUUGAGUGGAAGACCUCUGAUAACCAUUUGUCUCUUCCUCCUAUUCAUCAUCACCUGAAUCCUCAGGGAGGGAAACACUUUGGCUCCUACCCAUUAUCUGUACUAGAAGAAAGAAUUUUGUGGCAUGUGGGGUUUUUUUUCUUGUAAAGCCACCAACUAGACAUCUUGAGCUGAAUAGAUGAAUAUAAACAUUUCAGGACUGUAAAGAUAUAAUAGAAAAGCAGUAUCAUUGUGGGAUAGAUAAGGAGUCCAACAUAAAACAACAAAUUAUCAUUAAUGGAAGGGAAGGGGCUACAGAAGUUGUAUAUGGUAGAAAACAUGUCAGGGGGUUUUUUUUAAUCGUGUGUACUGUAAGAUAUUGUACAGUUUUCCUCAGCUGACAAUAUUUGUAGUGAAUUUGAGGCUUUUUAAUGCUUCUUAAUGUACCUAUGUAUUUCAUAUUUGUACAGUAGAAGUUUCUGGUUACAAACCCAAACCUAAUAGAGGUCACUUUCCGUUCUGGAAUAGACUUUCCAUUCUGUUGGAAAGUUUUAUUGUAGACUGGUGUCAAUCCUAUAACAUAAUAGGAGAGAGAAUUUAAACAUCAGAGCCUUUAGUUGCUCUGUUGUCUAGCCUUUGAGAUCAUUCUAUUGAAAUGAAACAAGCUUGGACUACAGAGGCUUUUAAAUCUAGACUUAAAAGUUAUUUGUUGUUCUUUUUUAUAUUAUUAUAUUAAGGAUUGUAUAAAUUUAAUGUAACUCCUAAUGUUGUCAAAGUGCCAUGGUUACCUGCAUAGUAGAUGUUACAACAUUCAUAACAUUUAUACUUGAAUAUGAAGCAUUGAUAUAUGACCAUAAACAGUUCAUAUAGAUAACAUUCAACUGCUAACUAAACAUUAGAACAAAAAAGUGAACUAUUAUUGACAAUCGCCUUAAAGCAUAAUUUUAUUACGCUUAUUGGCUUUGGCUUUGUGUACUUGCUCCUGCUGGCCACAUGACCCAGAAGCUGUCUGCGGACAAACGCUGGCUCCCUCGGCCAGUAAAGCGAGAUGAGUGCCGCAACCCCAGAGUCGUUCGCGACUGCACUUAAUGGUCAGGGGUCCCUUUACCUUUACUUGUUCCUGAAAUGUAUGGCAUACAAUCAUUAGAAAAUUCUUCAGGGGUGGGGUUUAAGGGUGGGGCAGAAUGUAGGAAAAACAUCAAAGUUCCCAGAUUCGUGAAGUCUGGAGACUGCCAUUUCAGCUAGGGAGAAUGGGAAAUGGAAGAGUACUUAAGCAAGUGGUUGUAGGGAGAAAACGCAUCAGGUGAGAGUCUAGAUAAUGAGGGUGGGAGAAUAUUAAGGUCUUUGAUGGUGUGCCAGAUUCAUUCUGUCCUUUGAUCAAAUAAUCUGAUGAUGAGUUUAUCAGAUUUUAAUCUAGUUGUACUAUUUUCCCCCACAACAUUUUACUGGAGUGAGUCCAUCUCUCACCUAAUUUUAUUUCUAUUCAUUGCCUCUAUCCUUGCUUUUCUUCUUCUGUUCGCUCUGAAUUUCGCACUGCCUCACCCCCUUAGUCCUGAUACCUUAUUGUAAUUAAGUCAAAAUAUUUGUAAUAAUCACACAUUUGACCCUUGCUUCCCCUCUCUUCCCCUUUCGCUUCUAUAUGUCUCUUUUGGAUUGUAGGCCACUUGGGGGGGGGGCUGUUGCAUCUGUUCUGUGUAAAGUGUCAUGUGCACAGGAUUCAAGCUCAGCUGGUUUUUUCUUACCUAUUUCAUCAUUUAUAUCCUGGAAAUGGCCUGGGAACUUAACAGCCUCUCCUGAUUAAAAACUCAUUGAGAAAUAGAACUAAGUGUCAUCGGCAUACUGAUAGUACCUCACCCCAAAACUCCUAAUGACCGCUCCCAAUGGCUUCAUGUUGGUAUUAAACAGAAGCAGAUAUAAGAUAAUCCUCUUGGUUGUUGUUUAUCCCAUUCAUUUUGUACGCUCCUGAUAAAAAUCACGUAUCUGGUCAAAUGUUAGCCAUUCUUAUUUGAAUAGGUUUUCACGUGUUGAAAAGCGGGGGAAGUUGCAUGAAGAUUUUUCCUUUUGCAAACAGUGUUUCAUCUAGUACAAUUUUUUUUUGGGGGGGGAGAAGGGAGAGAAAUGAAAGAGCAUGUAAAUGUUGACCUAUUGGAAGUGCAUUCCCUUGACACAUUCAGAACACAUGCAAAAAUGGUGAUGCUUCAGAGCAAGCCUUUUCACAGCUUUCUCUACCGCCCAGCCCCAAAUUGUUCACCGUAUUCCUAGCAGUAAUUAAGGCCAUCAUGUUUACGUUGUGAAACACCCUGUGGUCUGUGGGUGAAGGGUGGCAUAUAAAUGCAAUGCAAUGCAAUCAAUCAAUCAAUCAAUCAAUCAAGUAGCCAAUCCAGAGUUUGGCUACAUGGUGGUGCCACUAAGGUAAAAUGAAGAUACUCUGGAGUGAAGGCAAUGCCAUCACCCACAAAUCUUCAGCUAUAAAAUAUUCCCUACAUGAAGGACAUAAGCCAGAGAACUAUGCCAUCGCGCCCCUCACUGGCUGACUUGCUUCUUCUUCUUCCUAGGUGUAAUUCUGCAACAUGCCAUUGACACAAUAAUAACAAAUUAGUGGAUUUAUACUGGACCAGCCAUGCACCAUUCCACUUCAUUAGUGGGUCCCCAGAUGUUGUUGGACUACAACUCCCAUCAUCCCGAGCGCUGGCCUUGCUAGCUAGGGGUGAUGGGAGUUGUAGUUCAACAACAUCUGGCGACCCAUAGCUUGAGAAAGGCUGCUCUACAAUGAUGCCCAGUGUUAGGGAAUCAUUUCAGUCUGGAAGGACACUAUGGCGCAAUACAAGCAGGGCGAGCCACUUGCCUGAUUCCCCCCCCCCCCCAAAAAAAAAAUGUGUGAAAAUUGCAGUAUUUCAGCAGGAAGCUACAGGACAUCAGAAAUGAAGCAGUAUGUCCACCCCAAGACUUUUAUAGGCACAGACAGUAUUGAAAAUGUCAUCACAUAUAACUGCCCUGACACCAUCAUGAGCCCAAAUUACCAUGUAUAGACUGUAAAAAGGACAUCUAAAAACUAGUCUGACAGAGGGGCCAUUCAGAAGGGCAGCAUGCUUUCUUUUCUAAUAUGGGGAAAUAUUUUAAAUGUGUUUUCUCUAAUCUGAAGUGAUACGGUCCUUAGCUUUUCCUUUCAAAUGAAGAAUAAUGCAAAUAAAAAGUACCUCAGAUAGUUUUCUUUUUCUUUCUUUUUCCUGGAUGUAUGUGGCCUAAUUUGUUUUGCAUAGACUGGUAGGCUAUCAAUGUUCUAUGAGUGUUGUCACAGUAUUGUAUAGAACAGCUCUUGCGCAUUCUGGGGCUUGACAAACUUAUUUGCACAGUUGGUCACUGUGUGCCAAUUCAAACUGUCAGUUUAAAGCUGCACAAUGAAAGGGAAAGUUACGUGAAUGGGACCCAAGUCCAUUGCAGGCUAAAGCUUUUAGCAUGGUAAUAGAUACUUGGAAUAAUAAAUCUGAUAUGGGGUUAUCUGUGUUUCAGUUUGUCCACCUUCAUAGGUUUCUGCUUCCAUUUGCAUUGUAGCCUUUAAUGCCUUGCCUUUUAUCAUUAUAGCUCCAGAUGUGUCCUGGACAUUGUGGAUUUUCUAGGGUGAAACUGUCUCAGGUGUAUCAAUAGGUCUUGAAAUAUCACAAGACAUUUCCAUUUAAACAUGAAAAAACACACCAAAAUCUUGAGUCGAAAUAUUGGUGUAUUGUAGCAACAAUUUCAUAAUUAAACUUUAUAAAUCUACCUGUGCAUAUGAUGGUGUACUUCCUACUCGCUGAUCCAUCUUCAGCAAAGGUCAUCAAUGAGCUGACAAAUGUGUCCAGUUGAUCUUUUAUCAGUUGCAUCUGAUAACUCUGUCACUGUCAAAAACAGGAGCUAGCAACCAUAACUUCCAACUUUGUAUUUAAUGGGUUGCCUACUGCAGGGCACUAUAUAUUGUCCCUGAGGACAGUUCUGAAGAUUCACAAGCUGCAGCUCACCUCUUGACUGUAGAAUGAGUAGUUGCACUUGAGUAAAAGUAACUCAAAGUCUAAGUAAAGACUCUCAGCAUUAUCAGAUCAUCAAGUUACAGUUCCAGAUUUGCCACGCUUGUGACGAGGGUUGUCUUGAAAAUGACGGUUCCACUAUAUCUGUCAUAAAGGAAUGCCAAAUCUUAUUUAAAAGUGUCUGGAGCUUCUAGUAACAAUAGAGGAAGACAUUUAUGACAUUUUCAAAUGAGUGGGGUACCACCUGUGUAAUAAUUUUAAGGAGUUUUCUCUAAGAAAACUGUAAAAAACAUUAUAAGGGUCAUGAUUCCCAAAUCUUACUCCAAUCCUUGUGAAGAAUUUAUGUGCCAGUAUCUAGGUCCUAUAUGUUUUUAAGGGGUUCCUGAGAUCCACGAGUUAUAUUAAGCAAUAUAGAAUACAAAUUAGAGAGGAAUUCUUUCCCCUCUGUACCGAUAGUCUUUCUCCUCCUGUCUGUUGAGCUCUUCUGAAGAAGCCCUGAUAUUUCAGGGACUGGGAAAAGCGGGUAGGAGCUGGCCUUUUUCUGAAGGUUUAGAAUCUAUUUCAUGUUCAGAUCCACCAAGCUUCUUCUAUCUAUUCACCUUUAUGAAGAAAUGAGGGAUGUUGGUUUUUUGUUAUACUAAUAUUAUAUAGCAAUUUCUUUUGGGUGGUUGUUUAGGAAUCACUCCGUCUUAAAAUUGACAUCAGUUUCAAUACUGACUUGCAAAGCUGAAGUGUAAGGACUAGGUUUUUCCUUUUCUUUUUGCUAAAUAGCUCAACAGACCCUGGUCCGUUGAGAACAAAAUCUGGUGGUUGUCCUCCAUUGCAGACAGAAGGAUGUAAUGAAUGAGGGCAACACAAGCAAGGCUUGUGGGUGGGGUGGGAGUAUCAACAGGAGGGUUGUGGUUUGUUUUUUCUUCAGGUACAUGCAAUGUGAAUCUGAAGUCCAUAGUCAUGGAUUCUGGUAUCAUUUACAUUGGAUAUGCGUGACGUGUUUGUUGGGGGGCUGUGAGUAUAUGUAUUUUCGGAAACUGAAAAAUUAGGUUAUCAUAAGCCCUUUAAAAAACCCUGAUGUUUGAAAUGGCCUUCCCUUACCCACUCCUCACUUCUCUUCUGUGUCUGAUGAAUAGAAAAGAGAGUCUACAGAAUUGGGAACAGCCUUUAAUAGUACUGGGUGAAGGGAAGAGAGACAGAAAGAAGAAAAGGAACCAGUACUUUGACAGAUUGUUCAUUAAAUGUCCCUUUUAUUGAGAAUUAUAAAAACAAGGUGCUUAACACUGCUGGGUCAUUAAUGUGAUACAUUAAAAGGUUACUGUCAAGAUAAUUUUUCAGUUCUGAAAAUUGACGGUCAGGGUUUAUGGACAGUGCUCUUAAUAUUCUGCUUCGAAGAUAAGGUAUCUUUUAACUUGCCACUUGACAAAAUCAUUAUGUUGUUAUAAGCCUACUCGUGGAGAGUGUGAUUAAUGUUAAAGCAUAAAUAAAACCUUAUUUGAAGUGGGGUGGGGGGAGACUUGGGUUGCUUAUAGCAAAUCCUAAUUUAACAGAUGUUGACUUGUGUACAAGGUGGUGAUGUGGAAAUACUGAGUGACAGGGUAGUAUACAAUUAACCUUGUUUAAUUCUUUCAUUGUCUUCCACCUACAGUGUGGCAUUUCAAAUCCAUGCUUCCUUUCCAAUAGAAUUAGGGGGAACUCCUUUGCUGAUAUUAAUUAGCAUUCGUGAUACAAAUAGCCAUCUUUUCGGGUAUUUGUGAGAUCUCCAUUUUUCAAAAGAUUUUUUUUAAAAAAAUUCCUAGAAAUGUGCUGGCAACACAUGGAUGGGAAGAAAUAAGAGAAACUCUCUAGCAAGCUCUGUGCAUAAAAGGAAUAUUGCAUCUUGCACACUCCUGAUUACCCUGUAUAAACAGCUUUUGACAUCUGUCUUUAUAGUUUUUGAGGAGAGGAAGACUUUGUUAAAAGAACCAUUUUUGUAUAGCAGUCACCAUUUCAGACUUGCUUUACCUGUAAUAUGAAAGCAGAUGGUCUGCAUGUCUUUUGAAUAUUUAUAACUAUCAAAAACAAUCUCUUGUUAUUCACCCUUAGGCUUAUGAGAUGUCAGGACUGUUCUAGUUGGGGGGGAAAUCAUCUUGGGUGUUUACAGAAAGAGGAUUACAUUGAGCUGAAAUGACUAUACAUUUUCCAGUUUAAUAUUUGUCCAUCAGCUGUUUAAUCGUAUUUAGAUAAUUGUGUAAAUAAGUUGUUGUAGCCCUUGCCCCCUCUGCUGAUAGAGCUUGAAAGCUUUCAAGAACAAUGAGCCAGUUAUAUAAAUGAUUAUUUUUCAUUUCCAGUUUAAACAAUCAGAAAGGACUAUGAAAGUUCUGGCUAUGAUACUUUUGGAAGGGCAUACUUUUCACAUGCAAAAAUAGACUAAAUAUCUCUGUUCUUGCAGUCGAUUUCUUAAGUUGCCUCCUAGGUCAGAUAGCACUUUUUUGUAAAUUUGUAUCUUCUUUGAUGAAGCUGUUCAUGGUCUUCUUUACAGAUAUGUAAAAAAUUAUACUUAAAAAUGGUGAGUGGGGGGCGGCGGCAUGGAAUUUGGGGACAGUGGAAGAUAAAUGGUUUUGUGACCUGAAGCUGAGCAAUCACAGAUAACAGAUUUUGUAGUGGCUGGUUGAUUUGGCAGCAAAGCAUGAACAGUUUUGGUUUAGAUGAUUGAACUGACCUGAUUAACGUUGUUUUUUCCAUUGCUUCCCAGAAUGAACAACAAUGCAUUUUUAAUCAUAAGCCAUUUACGAGGAGAGAACCUACAUGUCAUAGUUAAGAAAGGCCAUCUAUAAUAUGCUGUACUGGUUGAUGAAGAUUGGAUCAGAUAUAAAAGUACACCUAGGGAUAAAUCUUCUCUUGUCUUAUGAAUAAACAAUAUAUAUAAAAAAACAGAUGAGAGACCUCAGGUCUUCCCCGCCCCUUUAAAUCACAAAAUGUAUGCGAAAUUACUGCGAUGCCAUCUUAUCCCAUAUUAUGCGAGGCUAGGAUUCAGAAUAUAGGAUACAUUUUAAAGCUGUCUAGAUGAAGCAAAAAUGAACUGGGGUGGGGAGUGGGAAUCAAUCCCUAUUGCCACAUAGUUAUGGAAGAGAUAAUUAUAAAUAAUGUAUUUGGCUGUAAAAGAAAGCUCAGUCUGUGGCAGAUGGUAGCAUCCCAGUGUAGUAGGGCUUUUGGAAAGGUGGCACCAUUUCAGAUCAAAUCUUCAUCAGACUCUCAGAAAAAGAACUACAAGUACUGUGCAUGUAUAAAUUUGGGUACUUUUUGAUCUUAGAGACACAUAUGAACUCAAGCAAUUUCGCAGUGGAUGUGCAGAGACAGAGAGAUCUGUCGGCAGUUUAAAUUGUCCAAAUUUUUUUCCUUUCCCAGGAAAGGGCAAAAGCUGUUACCAGUGUCACUAUCUCUGACACUAUAACUUGCUAUAUUUUAUGUUAUUUCUUUUUUUGCCUGUAUUUUAAAGCUUUUUGCAGCCAUAGGCAGCACGGAGAAAAUAACUGAAAAUACGUCUUUGCAAAUCUCUUUGCCAACUAGCAAUAUUUAAGUUAACUUUAGAAGUAUUUGAAGCGGAAAGAAAAAUGGUAAAAGCCAGCUACAGAAAAAUCUCAGUGCGAACCUUUAAAUGUAUUGCAGUGUUAUAUUCACUUGGGAGUUGUAUAUUUGAAAGAUAAUAUAUAUAUAUGAAAAAGUCCUUUUCAUGUGAAAUUGAAUGAACACAAGAUUGCCUUGCAGAGAGUUGACAACAGUAAUCUUUUAGCUGUCUUUCUGAUAUGAUACUUAGCUAGCACGUGACAACAGGAUUGACAGCCGUCUGUCAUUUUACAAACUUGAAAAGUCCCACAGGUGUUAAUUCUCAGGAUGUCUUUAUCUUGGCACUUCGAUUUUGGACUUCCAUGAUUUCUGCCUCAUGCCAUUGCUUCACCAUACAUAGUCCUUGUACUUUUUUGAUCCUCUGCUACCCACCUUUAUUGAUUCAUAAAGGACAAGUAGUAUUACAAACAAGGUAGUUAUCUGACCAAGCCCCUCUGGUUCAUUGUAAGAGUUAUGAUUAAAGAAACUUAGAUGGCUUGUCACUUCCCAUCUGUAAGGAUGGGAAGAAGGUCUAAUGUACUGUACCACACCCAACAGGUAAAUUGUGUUGUCCUCUGAAGGUGAGGGAUGGAGUUGCAAAUUGGGGGGGGGGGAUGCAACUUCACUAUAGUACCUGGUAUAACAAGCUCAACUACUAUCUCUGUUACGAGUGGAGGGUGGAUCCAUUCAGAUUCAUCUUAAUGUAUUAAAUUGAUAUAUUUCCUUGCGUAUGUUAAGGAUUAUUUCUUAUUGAGCCUGAAAACUAAAAAUAGCACUUGAUGAGUGGGGGAAGUAGGGGAUAAAAUUAUUCUAGAAAAUUAUUCUUUAUAGAAAUACUAUUAGAAUUUUAGGUUUGCAUAAUUAAAUAAUACCAAAUGAAUAUGAUGCAAAAAUGGAAUCUUGUAGCUUCCUUCAAUAAGACUUAUAAGCCGCUAUCAUUGACCAUUCAUUAAAAAUUGCCAUUUUUUCCUACGUGGGUGUACCUGUUUUUACAUAGUCAUGUGAGAAGAUCGUGCAAGCUUAGAUUUUGUUGCAUUUUCUUUCCCUGGAAGCCUCCUAACAUAGCAGCUUUAAGAUGUGUCAAAACAAAACUUUACAUGAUUUUUAACACAAGGGAGAAUAUGUGUCGUCUUCCAUUAAUGUAUGUUUGUGUGGAAAAACAGCCCCCAGAGGGUCAUGGGCUAGAUAAAAAUAUGACAUAAUUUUUGCAAGUGAUGCUACGCUGGUAUUUCUGUCAAAGAUACUGGCACAAAUAGCAGGGAUCUAAAGAGUUAGAAUUCAAUAUGGUAUUGAGUCUUAAAAUAUUAUCCAUCAGAUAAUUAAAAUAAUGUCUUUUGUUAAACAUCUCAAUAAUACAGAUGCUUUUGCCCUCCUUUUUCAGAGUAUGAUUUCUUCCAUUGUGAACAGCACUUACUAUGCAAACGUCUCGGCAGCAAAAUGUCAGGAAUUUGGGAGGUGGUAUAAACAUUUCAAGAAGGCAAAAGAUAUGAUGGGUAAGCAUAAAGAUAAGAAUUGAAGUAAUGGUGACUACUUGUUUAUGAUUUGAAGCACUUUUAAGCUUAUUCAGAUUCUGGAAACUUGGACUUGUUUUUGCUAAUAUGUACAAGAGAUGAGAUAAAGUUUUCCUGCUCCCAGAAGACUUUUUGUACAGUAUAGCCAAGGAAGAGGAAGAAAGCUGUGUAAAUGCUUGAAUGUUAAUAAUGUGUAGUUUUAAAAAUUAGUAUUCAUUAAUAUUGGCAUACUGACACCUGUUAGCUUUCUCAAAGUUUUAGAAAUAAAAAAGGGAAUCGUAACAUUUUGAAUACUGAAAACAUUUCAGAUUUUAAAUCUGUCUUGUGGCCAUCAUAGCAGAAAUAAUAAUAAUGACCGUAUGUUACAAUACUGGUUUAAGAAAAUAAUCUCUUGAUUUAAGAAAAACUAAAUUCACCAUAUUUUUUUGCUCAUGGUUUCUCAGUGAACCCUGUAGCCAAAGGAUUAUUUUGACUGUAUGUAGGCACCAUGAUUAUCCCUGCAUCUCCAUUACGAUGUUCUCCUCCACAUCACAGGGUUUACUGAAACAUGGGGUUAAUAACUUUUGAAUGUGCCAAACACCCUGGAGUGAAAACAGAAGUCAGUUCCUAUUUGAAGCUUCAUGUUUCUAUGAAGUCAAAUCAAGAGUCCAGUGAUGGAUGUCUAUAUAAUCUGAUCCAAAUUGCAUUGCAGUCAGUGAUAGAAUUUACAUUACAGUGGUACCUUGGGUUAAGUACUUAAUUUGUUCCGGAGGUCCGUUCUUAACCUGAAACUGUUCUUAACCUGAGGUACCACUUUAGCUAAUGGGGCCUCCCGCCGCCACAGGGCGAUUUCUGUUCUCAUCCUGAAGCAAAGUUCUUAACCUGAGGUACUACUUCUGGGUUAGCGGAGUCUGUAACCUGAAGCAUCUGUAACCCGAGGUACCACUGUAGUACCAUUUAUGGCCAUUUAUCUCAACAUUUGUGUGCCUUUUCUAAAAUGGAAAAAGCAUACUAAAACCAUAAAAUUUACCAGAACAUCACAUAAAACCACAAUCUGUACCAAAACACUAACUGGAUUAAGGCCAAUCUUUAUCUGUGCAAGACCUAGUUAGACAGGGAUUAGGACGUAACAGUUUGCCAAAAUAUGCUUUUAUUAAAUUAUAUUACCUUUUUUUUUUGGAAAAGUUAAGCUUAGAUAGUGAAAAUAUAAUAGAUUGCUAUAUAAAUAUGCUAGCAGCCAUUGACCUGCUCUAAGAAGAAAAAAGGGGUCAGACUACUGGUGAAAUUCAUGCAUGCUUACUCUUGAUGACUGCCAUAUUAAACGAUGGUUCGCCUAUGAUGGUUUGCGUGUGGUGAGACAGCUGUCACAGAUAGAGUAACACAGAGAGCCUUCCUAUCAGUUUGCGCCACAUUUUAGCCACAUUGUUUUUCAUUGGAGCCUGCUCACACUUUUAACUGCAAACUGGGUGGUGUAAUAUCAGUUCUUAGGCUGCGGUCCUAUUACACGAUUACACGAUUACCAGGCGGUAAGUCCCAUGAAUUCAUUGGAUUCAUGAGUAAGGGUGGGGCUUGCUUAUGAGUUAGGAAUAAACUGUAAGUGGCACUGUCAUUUCUACAGCUAUUCCUCCCUAGGUAUGGGAUUAUGGAAAAACGUGUGUGAAAACGGGUUGCUGUAUAUGACCAAGUCUGCAGCACCUGUCAGUCGCUGCUGGCAGAAUGUCACAAAUCAGCACCCCACAACAGAAGAAAAGGCUGCCCGCAAGGCUGUUGUGGGCAGUUUGCAGCCUGAUUUUCACAGGAAUUUCUUCACAAGUUUUUCCGUACCCAGGAAUGAAAACAGUGGCUAUUUAAAAAGUGACGAGGUGUUAAAAUAUGUACACAAAUGUACAAAUGAGGCCUGUGUUAACCGAACCACAGUUUAAUAUACAGAAAUCACUUGUAACUUCAGUACCUUCCGAAAUAAAUACUCUGGAUUCAGCAUUUAUUUUCAGUUUUGUUCAGGUUUUUUAAAAGCUUUCUGAUGAACAUUCAAAUGAUGGAGCUUCGCAUAAGCUUCUGCUAUGUAUUCUCAAAACCAGAUGUGUAUGGUUAUAGUAUCCAAUAACUUUUGAGAGACUGUUGCAGAAUUUCAUUCCCCAUAUUAGCUCUGCCAUUAGAAAAGAAACGAGUUUUCCACCUCUGCAUAGCCAGGGAUUUGCUGGCCGUGCUUUUAAUAACAGCUUUGCAUUCACUUUUCCAAAUGCUAAUGCUAAUAAUAAUAAUAAUAAAAAAAAAAAACAACAACAAACCAUUCUAGCCAUUCUAAAACUACUGGCUGGAAUACACCCAGAAGUUAAAAUUUGUCCAAUAAUAACAACAAUAAUGUAACUUGAAAGAAAAAUCUUUAAAAUACUCUCAGGUUUUUUUGGGGGGGGGGCUUUAAAUAGUGGAUGUAAAAAGGAACAGGCCGAAUACAAAGGUAAUUUUUAUUGUAAUAUAUGAGAGACUCAGUGUUUGUAAGCUGAAGCUUUACAGAACUGAUAAUGCCAAUUGCCCUCUUCUUGGGAGUGAAGAGCUUUCUCAAGUUUUCCAAGAGCCUAUUGGCAUCCAGCAGGUGCCUUCACGAUGCUUUUUUCUUCAUCUGCUAAAAUCAGUUUUCUUUAGAGCAGACCUUCCUAUCCAGAUAGGUAGAAUGUUUGCUUACAAGUGUUUUAAUAUUUUUAUCACUUAUUGCUGAUAUUACUUAUUAUUUGAGUAUUUUAAAGAGCUGUUUUUGCUGAUCAUUUUAUUGUUUUGGCUUUCUUGUAAUCCGCUUGGAGAUUUUUCUUUAUAAUAAAUUUUAUUAAAUAAAUAAUGCAUUGUCUAUAAAAAAAAUACAGCUGGUAAAAUGCUAGCAAUGUUUUAUUGGCGAUGCUCUGUAAUCAAAUAGAGAAUAAUCUUAUCGUGAAGAUUAUCAACCAUGCUGCGCUAUAUAUAUAUAUAUAUAUACACACACACACGUGUGUGUGUGUGUGUGUGUGUGUGUGUGUGCCUGUAAAAAAAAAAUCAUCUAAGUAGUAUCUCUCUUUUCCCCCUCUCCUUCUGUAGCUGAAAUGGAUAGCCUUUCUGAACUAUCCCAACAAGGUGCCAACCACGUCAACUUUGGACACCAACCAGUCCCAGGGAACACGGCUGAACAGCCUCCAUCCCCUGUUCAGCUUUCUCAUAGCAGUCAACCACGUGUUCGGACCCCACUUCCAAACCUGCAUCCUGGACUUGUAUCUACUCCCAUUAGUCCUCAGUUGGUAAAUCAGCAACUGGUAAUGGCCCAACUGUUAAACCAGCAGUAUGCAGUGAACAGACUUCUAGCCCAACAGUCCUUAAACCAACAGUACUUGAACCAUCCUCCUCCGGUCAGCAGAUCCAUGAACAAGCCGUUGGAGCAGCAGGUCUCAACUAACACAGAGGUGUCUUCCGAAAUCUACCAGUGGGUGCGUGAUGAAUUGAAACGAGCAGGAAUCUCGCAGGCAGUUUUUGCACGUGUGGCAUUUAACAGAACUCAGGUUAGACUUUUCUUUAAAAAAAAAAAAAAGCAAGAUUAUUAAUUUUUAUUUUUAUUUUUGCCAUCUCCCCUGUUCAUUAUUCUAUUAUUUGCACAAACUUAGACUUGCCGUGAUGGAUAAAUGAAACAUUGGUAGAUGCAAAAUUGGUAGCUUCUAGGAAAUGUACUAGGCAAUUAUGACCACACUUAGCUGGUUCUCCUGCAUACCCCCCAUUUCUUUUUUUUUUACUUAGUAACCAUGGUUUGGAGAAGUAAACAGUUAAAAAGUGCAACAUCUUAUAGGUCUUCAAAGCACACUUUUAGUAUAAAUAGUUUCUAUUAUUCCCAGACUUUGGAACAUAAUUUAAAAUUGCACAACAGUGGGCCGAUAGGCACAUUCAGCCAGAAGUAGCUCACUUCAGUCAUAAAGUGCUUUGCAUCUAUAAUGUUUGCAUUGCCUAGUCAAUUCAUUUGUUUAAUGGGCACUGACACAUACUAUGGCAUUAGUCGUUGUACCUGUUAUGCUUUGGUUGCAGACUAUUGGGGCAACUUUGAAAAUUAACAAUUAGUGAUGCAGCAAGAGAUGAUGUUGCUGCUACAUCUCCUGCCCAGUGUCAUCUUGGAUGUUGUUGUGUAAAGUUGAGAGAGAAAUCCAAUGAAAGAGUAGGCAGGAGAUGAAGCAAUUACAACCUCUUCUGCUGUACCAGUAGUGUUAAAGCAGGAACCUGUGUCCACCACAAUACUGUUGGACUCCAGUUUCCAUCGUUCCUGACUAUCAAUUUGCUAUGCUGAUGGGAAUUGGAAGUACAGCAAAAUCUAAGAGGGUCUGCUCCCCAUGUGUUGAAAGAAAAGGGCAGAUUCUGCAUAUUGCAACUGGCAGCCCUAAUAAUCUUUUCCACUGCCAUCCUUGAGUCCACCUCCUCCAACCCACUGAAGUUGAGAAGUGUUCAUGAAACAUUUGGAACACAAAAAUAAAUAGCAAGCUUCAACAAGGUUACCUCAUCAUCCUGAAGCAGUCUUCUGCCAUUCUGUGACUCCCCAACAAAGAAACCAAAGGAGAGGAAGAGUGGACCAGACUAGAUCAGAGAUGCCAACCAAACAGGAGAGAUAGGAGCACACAAACUGGCGCUACCCAUAAAAGGGACCAAUGAAUUAUGAUAGACAUACAUGGUAAAUGGUAAUACGUUAUAUCAAAACAAAGUAUGUAAACAGUCAUAAAUCGCAAAAAAUGGAGAUCACAGAUGCCUAAUAAAAAGAAAAGCCAAUUAUUCAAGCUACUGAAAUACCUGCCCAGGAUACAAACCCUGCAAUGAAGAAAAAAAAUGCUAAUCUUACAAAAACUUUACCAGUUCCAAUGGGAUACGGUUGCAUUUCAAUUUGGAUUCUUCUUCUUUUAUUUAAUGUUUGUACCCCACUUACUUUUCCAAAAUGAAGCCCAAAGCUUUUAACAAGAACAUACCAAAGUAAAAACAAUAAUAUCAAAAAACCACAGCCAGGCAAUAUGAAUAAUUGCCUUAACUAUAAAAAUGCUGGAGUAAACAAUCAAUAAAAUUAAUUUUCAGUAUCUCAGGCAGCAUCAGUUCAAUUAAUAAUGCAAAAUUUAUAAACUGAAUAAAUUUUGAAAGUACAAAGAUUUCACUAAAUAAAAAAGGGAUAACAUAGCACAUACUUUCAUCAGAAAUACUUAAAAUUAAUUAGAAAAAUCUUUAUAUACAUGGAGAAGUUUCUUCAUGCAUUGCAACACUGUUUUGGUCUUUGUAAUCUACAUUGGUAGAGACAAAAUAAAUAGAAUAAUUAUGAAAGAAUAAGAAAGCAUAUGAAAGGCAGGGCAGGGGGAUCCCCUCAGAACACUCAGUCACUCAUUCCUAAACUGCAAAUAUUUUCACAGCCAAGCUGAUGGUGUCCUUUUCUUGAAAACCUAAUCAACUUAUUCAAUAAAAUAAAAAUCUUCUGAGUAGAAUAUACAUUCUAAAUAUAUAUUCCAUAUAUUAAAUUAAAAAUAUAUGGAGAGGGGAGGGUAGCAGGAAUGAAUUGCCUCCCCCCAAAAGUUGAUAGCCCUUUGAAAGGGGUGUCACAUUCUCCAUUUGAGUGUUCAUCUUUCCCGUUUUUGUGGGUGUACCUCUGAACAACAUUCUGUUUCCUUAACUUCUUUCCCUUUUUUUGGUGGUCGGGGGCUGUAUGCUUCCCCCUCUCCAGUGAGCUACUGUACCAGAAAUGGUACAUUCCCUCCUUACUUGAAACAAACAAAGGUUAUAUCACCAGUAUGGGCACCAACCUCAGUACUGUAGGAUAGUGGUGGGGAACCUGUGUUCCCCCAGAUUUUAUUGGAUUUUGUCCUCCCCCCGGGCCCAGCUAACAUUCCCAGUGGUUUGUUGAGUUGUAGUCCAACAACAUCUGGAGAGCCACAUGUUCCCCAUCCCUGCUGUAGAUUGUUUGCAUAUUGGAUGUCCAAGAGUAAUCUCUGUAGUCUGUAUCUGUGAAGACUUCAGGAGCAGUCUUGGUGCCAGAUUGUAGCAUGCCAGAGGUAUAGUUUUUACUUUGACUACUCCUUCUCAAGUUCUGACACAACAGCCCAGUUGUUUCUAAGGCGCCAAAUGAGCACAGAUAGUUCCACCUAGCCCUUCAUUUGUUUUCAUUAAUCAUGCCUCAAACAAAAUCUUCCCCACUUUUUAUAAAAGAAAAAUAUUCGUAGGACAACCAUGACAACCCCAUUUUAGUACGGGUUUUAAAAGUCCAGUUUUUCACUGUUUGACUUAUUUUUAUUGCACAAACUAUUAGCAAGGUCCAUCAGCCUGAGCUUUGGAAAAUGUAACUGCUUUUAUUCUUGAGUCGUUCAUUGAAACAAUGUGAAUUGAAAAUAUUUGUGAUUAUUUCCAGCUCUGUGACUUCUACUGAAAUGGAGGAAGGGUUUUUUGGUAAUAUUACAUCUGCUGAAUUUUAAUUAAGUUAAACGUGUGUGAAUAUAAAUUGUGGGAUAUUUCUGUAUGUGGAAUUUACGCUACGGACUGAAGUUAUUUUUAAAUUGUUCUUGGACAACCAAGAACUAGUUUCACUGAAAAAAGCAGUUCCGAUUAAGGGAGUAGUAUGCUUUUUAAGAGCUUACAUUUUUUGGCUAGUGCACAGAAAUUCACUAACAGUUGAAGACCAUGCAAGUUAGGAUAGCCUUCCCCAGCCAGUCUUGUGGUCUGCAGACGUUUUGGACUACAAUAUCCAUCAGCUCUAUCCAGCAUGCCAUCAGUCAAGGAUGAUGAGAGUUACAGUCCAACAACAUCUAGAAGGCACUGGAUUGGGAAGGGUGCCUUACGAUUUUUGCUUAAGUAGUAGCUCUCAUUUUACUAGUGUGCAUAUGAAUUUAUCUGUAACACUCUUGUCAAAAAGUUGAUGUUGCCAUAUUCUAGGACAAAUUCAUGCAUCUUUCAGUUGGUACAGACCAUGAUUUCUGUAAUAUAUAUUCCACCAUUCCAGAGACAGUGGUUUCCACUGGACCUUGUACAAAUAAGGGGCAGGGGGAAUAUAUUUUGUUCUUUUGUGUCCCACUUAACUGUCUUAUGUCUUUUCCCUCGUUUAUUACAUAAAAAGAAACUUUCAUGCAGCAUUUUAAUGUAAAAGAUAUUAGUAAAUAGAGGGUCUAUCUAAAAACCAGCUCUGUUAAGGCAAGUUUACUAUUGUUUCAGAUAUUAUGUGUAAUACAAAGAGGUGUUUCAUACAGAAGGAACAGAUAUUUUGAUUUGUAAGAUUUCUUGAUUUCUUAGUCUUUUUGUUCAUACAUGCUUCUGAAGCAGUUUUGUUCUACUGAUGUUUCUACUAAGCACGUCUCUUGCUUAUGCUCCAGGCUUCUACAUAUAUAUAUUAUUUCACAUAUUUUAAAUCUCCAAAUAUGAUGGGUUGGGUUGGGGUUUUUUUUGAAAGUUUCAUUUCUGAAAUUGUUAUCUGUUAAUUUCUCGAUUUUACCCUUUCCCAUGGCAAAGAUUAGUGUUUUUCCUGUUUCUCUCUCUCUCUCUCUCUCUCUCUCUCUCUCUCACACACACACACACACAGAGAGAGAGAGAGAGAGAGAGAAGCUGCAGCAAUUCCAUUAAUCAUUAUUUUAUUGUUAAAUAGUACAGUAAAAGAGAAGAAAUGCUUUUGGAUAUUUAAGGGGGGAAAAUCAAACUUUGAAUUUGCACCAACUAUAAAUUUUUCAACGUGUGUCCCAUAAACUGCUCCAUACAACAACUGCAGUUUAAGAGAGAUCCCCGGGUAUAGGGCGGUAUAGAAAUUCAAUAAAUCGUCAUCAACAACAACAACAACAACAACAGAGUAGUACAUUGUUGAAGGGUCUAGGAAAUCCUCUUGGAAGGUUUUAAAUCAUUUCUUUUGCUUAGCAGUGAAAUUGAUUAGUCUUGAGGACUUUCUUCUUGAAAAUACAUGCUUGGGAGGAAAGGUUCCACUCUGCCAUGUUAAGCAGCAGGCUGGAUCUCCACUAACAAGUAGAUCCGUUUGCAGGUUCCUUAGCCUGCUGCUUGACACAGACAACAUGGGAACCUACUUGCAAGUAAUUAAUGUUCCAUGCUCCUUCCAUUGGGACUUUGAAGUCUCAGUGAACUGCAGGGCAGUGUAUCUGGAUAAAAUGAGGGGUGUUUGAGUAUGGGGAGUGGAGACCAUUUGCAGUUUGAAAAGAGAGAGAUUUUGUAGAUGCCCCUUACCCCUAAACAGCUUCAAUUUUAAAGAAAUGGCAUGCGGGUACUGCAAUGUCCAUGCAGUAAUUUUAAAGCCACAUCAACGGUUUCCCCACACCACCCAGUUAGGCUUUCUUCAAUUCUUCUUUCCUCCUUUUCUCCCUUGUCUUUGGCACGCUGCUUAUUUUCCAGUAAAAUGAAGAAUGAAGAUGGAUUAUUCAAAAUUGAUAACAGUAAUGGACCAUCCUGUAAUGUUUUAUUGAAUUUGAGUUCUGUAAAUUAUGUGGUGGAGGGAAAUUUGCCUGCUUAAGUAUAACAGAAAUUGCCACUGUGUUCGUAUAAUUCUUCAUAGUGUAAUUUAAGAAAAAGCACACUACCCAUAUCACUGUUUGAGUAAAAGGUAAAAAGGUGCUAUUACACUAUCAUGACAGCUCUCCUCUCGCUAAUAAGCGACAAAGAUAAAUGUGUCUGCUUAUAACUUACUUGGCAGGACUCCAAACUUGCGGGUGGAGUUUGAAAAUAAUCUUCCACCUGGAUAUGAGAUUUCAAUCCAUUGCAGUAAAGACAGCAUAUGAGGAUGUUCUGCAUAUUUGGGAGCAAAUCAUAUUUUUCUUCAGAGAGCUUUGAAGUUCCAGGAGCCUGAUAAAAUCUAUCUGAAUCAGUGAUUACGUUCAAAGAGCAGACAAACUGGGGGCCAGACAGGCUAUGUUUUAGUUCAUAUUGGCAGACACUUUCAUUUAUCUCCCUAUUUUAAAGAAUUCAUAAUUAGCUUUUGAAAGCACUGAAACUUAUUGAACAUAUUUGUGCAAUUACUAAUGAAAUAUACUUGAAUGAUUUGUAAAGAUUAUGUUCAUUUUUUGUGUGAUGUGGCUGUGGCUUAAAUUGACUUCUCCUGUAAGGGGAAAAACAGACCUCCUAAAUUAGCACAUCUAAGCUCAUCCACUUUUUCACUCAUAGCAAAAGUUUAAUAACAGAAUUACAAUACAUUGACAAAUUACUUUGACUGCAUUAAUGGGGUAAUCACUGGUGUAGCUGGUUGCAAUAUAAUCACUGUAAUAAUUAUGCUUAUAUCUUAUUUAUUUAAUAUUAUUUACAGACCACUUUCUGCAAAGUGGCAUUCAGUAAAAAUCAAUAAGAGCAUUUAUGUUUUAAAACAACGGGAAUAAAUCAGUAAAACCUAUGAGCUACAGCCCAUAUGACUAGAAAACUGCUGGUUUAUUGCAAUAAAGAAAUGGCAUAAUUUAAGAUUUGGGCAUACCUCCUUUCAAGACAACCUCUUCUGACGGGAGUGUUGUGUAACACUUAAACCAGCCUUUCUCAACCUUGGGUCCUCAGAUGCUACUGGAUUACAACUCCCAUCAUCCCUAACCGCUGAUCCUGCUAGCUAGGGAUAGUGGGAGUUUUAGUCCAACAACAUCUAGGGACCCAAGGUUGAGAAAGGCUGACUCCAAGCCAGGGAUGGAGGGCCAGUGGCCUUCCAGAUGUUGAUGGACUGCAUGGUUGCUUCCACACAGGCCACUCACUUCUAAAAGGGCAUCUGCAAUAUAUUUUGAAUAAAACUUCCCUUUCCUGUGUUUUCUUAAUCAGUUUCCACGCAUACACACCUGAAUUAGCUGCACAAUUGCUACAUGACCUAUCACUCUGCUGUACUGGCAUAUUAGAUAGCUGUAGCCAUAUUCUUCUCUAUAGAUUGUCUCUCCACCCUAGUAUUUAACCCUCCUUUUACCAAUUGGCUUUAUGUCUGUCUUCUCUCUUCCCACAAUUGCAGCCAGGGGGAGAAUCAUGACUGAGUGCAUAGUGAUGGUGGGGGAGUGAUCCUACUGAAAACCACCCCCCAUUUGACAUUUGGUGCUGGAGAAGGUGGGGCUGCCCACUGGCUACAGAAUUUAGAAGUAUGGAAGCAAAGUUCCUUUUCCAUUUCUAGCUUAAAGCUGAAAAAGCAAGAUAGGGUGGUUGUCAUUGUCCGUGUCCGAAAAUAUUCAAGCUCCCAUUAGGCAUAGCCACCUUGAUCAAUGGUCAGGGAUGAUGGGAGUUGUAGUCUAGCAAUAUCUGGAGGGCCACAGGUUUCACAUGCGUGCUCUCGGCCAUGGUGGGCAUAGCGGUCAGGAAGCUAGACAAGAAACCUGUUGUCUUUCUCAAGGGCAGACAAACAUGGGGAACUCCUAAACCAGUGCUACCGGUGAUCUGAUUACAUUUGGAGGUAUAGACAUUGUCAUUCUCUAUACCUCCACACUGUCCACACAUCUCAUCCCUUUUACUUAAAGAAACAGUAGUUGAAUAAAUCAACAUACAGUCGUACCUUGGAAGUCGAACAGAAUCUGUUCCGGAAGUUCGUUCGACUUCCAAAAUGUUCGGAAACCAAAGUGUGGCUUCCGACUGGCUGCAGGAAGCUCCUGCAGCCAAUCAGAAGCCACAGAAGCCCCGUUGGAUGUUAGGGUUCCAAAGAACGUUUGCAAACCGGAACACUCACUUCUGAGUUUGCGGCGUUUGGGAGCCAAAACGUUCGACUCGCAAGGCAUUCAGGAGCCAAGGUACAACUGUAUUGGGUAGUUUAGGUAUAGAACAUAUGACAAUCUGAGUAGUAAUAUAACUUUCAGUCUUACAAAAUGGCUCUGGCUGAUUCUCAGUAGAUGAAUUUGGGAUUUCAAGUACUACUUUGUGUAUUCGGAGACUGUAACUUCUUGGGGAUAGGAAGAUGUUGGUUUCUUUUGAGUAUUCCAUGUACCAUCUUAACAGAAUAUUAUCUGGGUAUUUAAUUUCUUCCACAGUAGCUGAUGCCAUCAAGUAUUCUCCAACAAAUUUGAUAUAAACUUUGUCUCCUCUCUUUAAAUGUGGCAGUUACUGCUUUGAACUGAAUUAGUUAUAGAAUGCUCAUAACUUCUCUUGGCUUGCUAAUUUGAAGCAGCAACUUUUUCCAACUCAGGCCUUUUUGGAAAGAGGUUCUUCUCUAGGGUUGGAAUAGUAUUCUGAUUUGUCUUUUCGUGAGCAAUUUGCUGGACUGUAUCCAGUAGAAUCAAUAGCAUUGACCUGAAGUUUAAAAGAACAAGUAUAUAUGUCAUUUCCCCCCCUCAAGAUUUUCAUUGCAGUCUGUACUGCUCAUUGUCCUUAACUGUUGGUAACAUAGCAAAAGUUAUAAGAUGUCCAGAAUGACUGAAUUCAGUUGCUGCAAAUUGGAUUAUAUUUUAGGCCAUGAAUUUAUCUGGAAUUCCAAAGUUAUCAAAGAUAUUAUUUAGUCGUACAACAGCACUGUGGCAGAUAAUGCCAGGCAAGGGAGUAUCUCAAUAUACCUUUAAUAGUAGUUAGUGUCUGCCAAAUAAUGUCCAUCUCCCAGUGGGGUGUAGUGAUGAAAGAUUCUGUUGUCACAAUCUGUUUCUUCUAAAACAGCCACAAGAUAAUAUUUUGGUUUUUUUAUGUCAUUUCUAGUAUUGUGCUAUCCUCAUGGCUUGUUCACAACUUGUGAUUAUACUUUUAUCCCCUUGGUGAACAAGGUCUAGGAUUCUAGAUUCAGGUAGGUAGCCGUGUUGGUCUGAUGCAGUCGAAAUAAGUAAAAAAUUGUCCAGUAGCACCUUAGAGACCAACUAAGUUUGUUCUGGGUAUAAGCUUUUGUGUGCAUGCACACUUCUUUAGAUACACAGUGCUACUCUCCUGCCAACCUAGCAAUUCGAAAGCACAUCAAAGUGCAAGUAGAUAAAUAGGUACCACUCCAGCAGGAAGAUAAAUAGCAUUUCUGUGCGCUGGCUCUGGUUCGCCAGAAGUGGCUUAGUCAUGCUGGCCACAUGACCCGGAAGCUAUACGCCGGCUCCCUCGGCCAGUAAAGCGAGAUGCGUGCCGCAACCCCAGAGUCGUCAGCGACUGUACCUAACGGUCAGGGGUCCCUUUACCUUUAAGGUGCUACUGGACAAGUUCUAGGAUUUCUUUCUUCAUAGAUUUUGGUACAAUCAAUACAGCUCCCAUCUGUUAUCAGCCUUUCCAAUUUGCUUACUUGCCAGUGGUCAGCAAAGUACUUUCUAGUCAUCUCUGAAACAUUGCUAAGGUUUAGGUAUUUAGACCGUCUCAGUGUGAUAUACUAGAAGACCUCUUGACAUUCCAAAUCUCUGUGAAUAGCAAUCUGGAUCUGACAAAGAAAAGCAUACACAGUAUGAAUGUAAGUUUGACAUCCCCCCUCUUAACUUGAAAGUGUACGCUUGCAUUGUGGGACUUUGUGACAAGAUGUCUGCCAUGGCAAACACUGGAUGGCUUUGUAGUGAUACUUGGUCCAAAUAUUUUCAUGUACGAAGGUCAUCAAGUGUUUAUGGUCUGUGAAGAGCUUGGAAGAACAUAGUCUAUAUAGAGACGUGUGUGUGUGUGCCUGCACGCUAGUGAUUUCUGCCUUCCAUUUUUUAGUGGAAAAGCAAUUGGCAUGUUGUGGAAAAAAAGCAAUGCAGGAAAGAAGUUACAAACUAUAUGCUGAAAUUUGUUUGCAGUAGGAAUCCAGCUACAAUCAGUACAACUAAGGUUUGCUGCACUUACUCCUUUCAAUGUGUUUUAAUAAUUGGUUUCUCCAAGAUAGUACUUAUUACCCACUUUCCCAGUAUGUAUUUAUUUCACUUUUACCAAUAGUGGGCUAUUAUAUCUCUACUUAGACCAAAACAUAAAAUCAUUGUAUAAGUUCUGUAUGGAUUUAACACGUUUACUGCAUUAUUUUGACCUGACUAUAGCUUUUACUUCUUUUAUAUGUUAAUAUAUGCUAUGUUUUGUUAUAGAUUAUCCUAAUAUUUUGUGCCGAGUUUUCUGUUUGCAACUUGGGGCUUCCUCAGUAAAGUAGGUUAUAAGCAAUACAUAAAAUAAAGUUUUUCUGCUUCUGUAAGAAUUAUGGAGCAGAAUGCAACUGACAUCAAUUCUGAAUCAUGCACUCCUCCUAGUAAUGCACACACAAAUAAUUUUGAAAAAUGAAAAUUGUCGGAAUGCAGGUACAAAAAAAUCCAUGGUGUAUCCAGCUGACCACAAUAUAGAGCCCCAGUAUCAAGCUACUCUAGCAGUGAUGGAAGUGCAGAAACAGUUUUUCUCCUCUGCUGUUGAAUCCUCUCAGUAUCCUCCAGCAGAGCUUUUCUGAAUAUUGUGAGAUCUUUUGAGGUCUAGCCCAGGAGGAAUUUGGUAGAGUGCUGUUAUUUAUUUGCAAUGUACUCUGAAGAGUGGCUGGGGAAACCCUCUAGAUGGGUGGGGUAGAAAUAAUAAUUAUUAUAAUUAUUAUUUAUUAUAAAGUUGCUCCCUACCAUCAGGAUGCAGUGUUUAUACCCUAGCUUUCAUGAAUAAAUUUCAGUUAUUGGAGCCUCAUUAUUUGGAUAAGAUGCUUGGCUGGGUCCAACCACCCAUAGUUUUACUUAACCCUCACCCAUCAUGGCUUAUUAAAUCUAACAGAGAUGAGCUGAGCUCCAGAGUGAUCCCCCAAAUGCUGUACAAAGUCAGAAUUUGGGGAGAGGACAAGAACACUAUCAAAGGGCUAGAAACGGUGCAGAAUCAAUUUCUUAGGAGAUUAUUCCCCUUACCUAAGGGAACAGCAGCAGCACCUUUAUGCACAGAAGCUGGACAGACUUCUAUCCAUUUGUUGGGAAUCACAAAUGGGGAGAAUUUUGUUGUACUCUUCUGCUUGUGAGCUUCCCAUUGGCAUCUAGUUGGUCACUAGUUGACACUAGUCGCCAUCUUCUUUUUAGUCUAGUGUCUCCAAACAUUCCUUCUUUUUCUCUUGGGCAGGUACUCUAAGGCUGAGGAGGUUACCACCUUGUAACACACAUGCAGUGAACGGCUCCUCUUUGUAUAUUAUUUCUGUAGUAGAACACCCUCUGUGCGGUAAAAAUCUCUGCCUUGGAAUACCAUGUAGUUCUCCUCUGAAACUACUGUCGCAUCAUAUCCUGAAUCUGUUUUGGAAUUAACAUUUGACCCACAAAUAAUUACAUUUAUUCUUCCUGGAAGGUCAAUGCCUUUACAAUAUAUACCGCCUAAGAAAAAAAUUGUCAUCCAUUUCUGUUGUCACCAUUUGUACUACUGGGUAUGACAUAUUAUAGCACAGUGCUCUGUUUAUGAACUCUUCCUGCACAGCGCUUGGCUGGACAAAUUCUUCUAAUGUUGUGAUCUUUUUGUUUCUUGGUAAGCUGUUUUAAAGGCUGAGCCUCUUUGCUACACAAUGUACUUAAAGUAGCUGGGCUACUUUUCAUGGGCUUGCUUUUUUAAUUCCUUGGCAAAGAUAAAAUUUAAUUUGCCUUUUCAAAAUGUAUAUAGUGUUUUAUGGAGCAGUGGUUGGCUCCUCCAAGUCUCUCUUUAAGUUCUCUUUGCUCCCUGGUCUGGGUUUUGAUUAACUCAGGUUGCCUUCACAUCUCUAUGACUUUGUGAAGUGUUAACUCUACCAUCAGCUGCGUCCUUUCAUAAAAAGGGCUCCCUCUAGUAUUCUAGAGGGGUUAUGAGUUUGUUUUUGUUUUUAUUUGAAACUUUGCAUUCUCAUUUUGUAUUUUUUUAUUGUGAACCGCCUGGUGAUCUUCACAAAAAUGGUGGUAUGCAAAUUUAAUGAUGAUGGUGGUAAUAAUAAUCUUGAUGUGGGUAUAAUCUUGUUAAGGUUGCCUGAAGAAGAAACAAACAAACAAAAAACCUGUGGAUCAUCCUAUCAAAGCCAUUUGCUGCAGGUUUAGUUAAUAAUGCAGAUUCACUGGCCACUCUAACCCGAGGCGGGUGGAUCAUUCCUGGAGCGCCAGGCAAGCUAAUCAAGUAGAUCAAGAAUGAAGAACUUUCGGUCCUCCAGAUGUUGCUGAACUGCAUUUCCAUUGGGCCUUGCAGGCAUGGCAAGUGGUCAAGGAUGGAGAGAGAGGUAGUUCAGUAAUGUCUGGGGGACCAAAGUUUCCCAUACUUGAAGUAAAUCCCACUGCUAAGACAUGUAUGGAAGCCUCGUGGUGCAGUGGGCCAGUGCAUCUGGCUGUUAACCAGAAGGUUAGUGGCUUGAGUCCACCCUGGAAUGGCUGUGGACAGGAUCCUUGCAUUGCAGGGGGUUGGACUAGAUGACCCUUGGGAUGCCUUCCAACUUUGCAAUUCUGUGAUUCUAUGCAACUGCUUGGUCAAGUUAAAUGAUCAGCUGCCUAAAAUAUGGCAAGAAACCUAAGCCAUUCUUAAUAAAAAAUAGCAUGUUUGUUUGUUGGUUGGUUGGUUGGUCUGUUUCUUUGUUUUGGAGUGGAAACAAAACCUUCCUGUGUAUUUCCUAAAGGAAGAUAAGAUCAUUUUAGAUACUAAGAGUCUGUUUGUGGUAGCUGAUUGUGUGAGGGUCAUUAGUACCUGGGUGAGAGCCCUUAGAUGUCUACCUUUGAAUCUUGACUACAAAUGCAUAAAUAAAUGAGUAAAUAAUCCCCAUUGUGAGUUGGCUGCAAAUUCCAAAUUUUGUUGGAUAAUUUCCUACUAUUUUCCUGUGUUUGUGUGUGUGUGAUUCUUACAAUUAUUUGGGAAGGAGAGAAGGAAAAAAUAUUGAGACAUUGGCCAUAACCAAUUAAGCCAUGUUUCCAAUGAUUACCUGUGAUAAUCCAAUCCAACAAUUAGUCAUGAUAUUUUUCAAAUGUUGGGCGCAGCAGGGGGUGGGGGGGAGGAGGAGCAAAGUACUGUUUUCAACAUGACAAUCUACAGGUGGAUUUUGCUCUUUUUUGUAAACGAGUUCUGUGUAAAUUGUGAACUGCCCUCAAAUAGCCUAUAUCGUUUUAAUAUAUGCCUUAUUGCAGACCUUGAAUAGCAGUGAUGCAAUAAUGCUGCAGAAUUACUUGUAUUUUAUUUAUUCUUAUUCUUAUUGUCUGUCUUAGAAAGAUUUCAUGGCAAGUUAAGUCAGUAAAAAAGAGGAGACCAAUUAAGCAGAUUCAGUCUGUAUUGUGCGUAAAGCAGAUACUUAAUAAAAUUAGGAAUACAAUUGAGGCUCUCUUCUGUAUUACCUAAAUUGUCAGUAAUAUAUUCCUAUGCAGGAUGAAUGCCUUUUUGUUGUGCGUUUUCUAAAGUUAAGGAAGCAAAGCAAAUCAUGAUUAGCAGUGGCUGUUUGUUAUAUAAGGCUGCAUAGAGUAAUAUGGCUUUGUGUUUGUUUGUUUGUUUGUUUGUGUGUGUGUGUGUGUGUGUGUGUGUCUUUUUCCUCUACAGGGCUUGCUCUCAGAAAUCCUGCGAAAGGAAGAAGACCCCAAGACUGCAUCACAAUCUUUACUGGUAAACCUUCGGGCUAUGCAGAAUUUCUUGCAGCUGCCGGAAGCAGAAAGAGAUCGAAUAUACCAGGAUGAAAGGGAAAGAAGUUUGAAUGCAGCUUCUGCAAUGGGCCCCACACCUCUUAUAAGCACACCGCCCAGCCGACCAACACAAGUAAACUAUUUUAAAGUCUUUCUGAUCUGCUUGAUGCUAAAUGAUGUGCUUUGAUGGUGUGUGAAAAAGAAAGGCAAGCUGUAUAGUUGCCGUUUUUUCAGAUACAGUAAUGCAGCUGGAAGUUCUGAUUGAGUUUUGUGUAUCAAAAUUGCACAAGCAGUGCAGCCUGCAUUUCGUUCGCAUUUUUAAAAAGGAAGUCGGCAGUCUUAGUAAGUCCUCAGAUGGAUUGCAGAGAUUUAGCCUUGUAGUGUGAAGUCAACCAGGUACAAAAUUAUGAUAGUUCUCUGAAGCUCCUAAAGGUUUGCACUAGCUCUGAAAUAAUGCUUAAAAUCCUGAAGGGUGUUGCAGGCUCAGUUAAUUCCAUUUGAUCAGUUAUAGGCACAGUGAGUGCCUGUACGUGGAGCCCUUCAAAGAACACAGUAAUGUGUGAAGGGGAGGUACAUCUUUGAAUAGAAAGAAAUAACAAAUCUUCAGCCAUGAAUUACGAAUGAUGGAUUUUUCUUUUAGCAACAGGCAUAGCUAUAUGUAUUUUUAAAAAUAAUCAGUAAUUUCAUUGACAUUAUUUAAGCAGAUUCUUCAAUAGUUCUCGAAACCCAGUCAAAGAUAAAUUGAACUAAAGUUUUUGAAUUAGAGGCUGCAUGGACCCUCAUUGCUGCUGAGAAGGCAUUUGUCUUCAGAUACACUGCUCACAAUUUCUAAUUUCAGAGGAUUUCUUUCUGUGAGCUUAUCACUUAAUUAAGAUCGUUUAAACACCUUUGAAAUCUAAAUGCUUGGCUGUUCACUAUAUAGAAAAUAGUUCUAAUUGACUACCUUUGUGCCAAGUCUUAUUUUAAUGACACACGUGAAAUGGCCAAAAUAUGAAAUACAACCUUCCAUCCUUGAGAAAUAACCAUGGAGAGGACAGUUAAUGGAAACACUAACAUUUAAAUAUAAAUAUGCUUCCAGGCGCCACUGUAAUAAUGGAGUAGUAAACUUUGUCCUGAUAAAAAGCCAUUCUGAAUGAGAGCAACUGCAUUUAUUAUACCUCUUGUGCCAUUUGAAGAACUGAACUGAAAAGUAGUUUGUUUUGCCUGGAAUGAAGUACUUUAUGAAUUUUAAUGUACAAUGUCAUAUUAAAAGCUAAACCAGGAUUAAAAAAGAUUUUUGUUCCUAAACUAAAACAGUACUUAUGGGAAUAUGUAUAUAAAAGGGUUUGGUUUUUUGUUUCAUUUUCACAUGGGAAAAAAUAUGAGAAAGCCCAUAUUUGUGAAAAGCUGUUAAAUUACCUGUUUGGGUAAAUUUGGGCUUCGUUCAAGAAAUAUGAAUGACUCCAAAUUUUCCUGUUUUUAUUGUCAGCCAAGAUAGAUAGAAUUGCUAGGAGAUGUGUCUUUUCUAAAUAUUUUUUAAAGAGCUGCUAGGAAUGGAAAUUAUAUUUUCUUAGACAGAUGAGAAUAAAGGCUCAUGGCAGUUUCAUAGAAAUGUUAGCAAAGUUUUGUCACCAUUACAAAUAACUGCAUAGUUGAUGCCUAGUUGUAUUAAAUUUUUUAGGUGUAAGAUUUUAGUAGGCAUUUGUUUCAAAUUUUGUGAAGUGCCUUAAUGCACUGAUGAUGCUGUAUAAAUGACAACUCUUCUUAUGGGAUUUGGUGGUGCACCAAUUUAACAUAGUGAAGGUUUUAUGUCCUUUUGCUUCCACUUUCUUCCUUAGCUCUGUCUUGAGUUCAUUCCUUACUCUAACACUAAAUUAUUCUUUUUCAGAAAACAUAGUAUUAUAAAAACUUCUUUUAAAUAUAUAUAUAUAUAUAUAAAGUAUCACACACGUUAAAUUGUGACUGAUGCUUUCAAUAGAAGUUCUGGAGGGGGAAAAGCCUUUGUAGAUAGCCUCUGAAAGGUUAAUUAGCAAUACGUAGUGCUCAGCGGAGCACAACAGGCUAAUCAUCCAUGAUAUUCUUAAUGGUUCAAGAGAAACUGUUAGAAAGGAAGGGAAAUGUUUUUGAGGCUGAUCUGCUAUGCAAGAGUUUGGAGAAAUGAAACAACCCUUCUCCAGUAACCUAUAACCCAAGUUCAUAAAGGUAUGCCAAGCAGUCUAAAGUAAUUUGUCCUCAUCUCUCGUCGUCAUCUCCCUCCAAGUUUUCAAAGAGUCUUUUAAUAUUUGUCUACUAUUAUAUUUAUCUAUACCCAGUUAAAAGAAUCUCAUGCUCUUGACAUUAUUUGGAUGAAGCAUGUUAGAAAAUGUAGUGUCUGGCUUGCUAGGUAACCUUCCUACGAAGAACUGAUCGAUGAGACAGGAAUGACCCUAGAGCAGUGAUGACCAAACUUGGCCCUCCAGCUGUUUUUGGACUACAACUCCCACCAUCCCUAGCUAACAGGACCAGUGGUCAGGGAUGAUGGGAACUGCAGUCCCAAAACAGCUGGAGGGCCAAGUUUGGCCAUCAUUGCCCUAGAGUAUACACAUUUGCUCGUGUUUUGUCUGGGUGCCUGGAGUUGCUAGGUUUGCCCAGCAGCGAAGAGCAGAAACUUUCACCUUGCUUGUCUGGGAGGGUUUCGGUUGAUGGUGCAUCUUAACAGAUUUCUGCAGCCUCUCCCAUCAAUUGCUGAAACCAGAGACGUGGAUUAUUUGGUCAGCUCCAUGAAAUGUUGCCUUGCGUUGUGAAAGCAGCCCCUGCCCCAUGAUGGUUUCUAGUCAAGAACACAAACCACCUGGCCAUCUGUCAGGGAGUCUUUAGCUGUGAUUCUUGCAUUGUAGGAGUUUGGACUAGAUGGGGAUACCUCCCAAUUCUAUGAUUUACAUAUCAAGGUGGUAUACAUAGUUCUUCCCCUCCAUUUUCUCCUUACAACAACCCUGUGAGGCAGAUUAGGCUGAGAAACUGUGACUGGCCCUAGGUCACCCACUUUCUCAAUGAAAAGGAAAGGCACUUUGCAUGUGCUCAGGAACUUUUACUAGGUUCAAGCUUGCUAGUUGAAAUAAUUAUUUCAUUGACUUUAUUCAAAACUGGGCCGGUGGAAGGGUCUUGGGGGAGUGCUAACGGUUCCAGGCGCUGGCAACUCACACAACACAAGUAGUGUGUUGUUACAGCUGUAGUGCCAUUCAGUUGGGCAUCCUUUGAAAUUUGACGUUCAUAUCUUAUUUCCCAGGUAAAAACUACAGCUAUUGCAACAGAAAGGAAUGGAAAACCAGAAAACAAUACUAUGAACAUUAAUGCUUCCAUUUAUGAUGAGAUUCAGCAGGAAAUGAAGAGAGCUAAAGUGUCUCAAGCAUUAUUUGCAAAGGUUGCAGCAACUAAAAGCCAGGUAAGGGCCUUAUCAGGCAUCAGUGGGCUACAUUUGCUUUUCCAACAUUUGUUCCAAUAUGGAGUUGAUUUGGCCUGCAUUUAAAGGGGGAAACAGAAUGCUAUAUGGACAUGUUGGGUAAUAACAAUGUAACAGUUAACAUUCACAAUAUCUUAAGCAUGCUUAGCUUUCUUUGAAUGUUGCCUUAUCUGUUUUUCCUAGUAUUAUGAGGGAAAGCUACCAUCCAGGGUCACACAACUCAAACCACACUGAAGGUCCAAAUUAUAUACUGCUACAUUGAUCAUCAUAAAUAGCCUAAAUAGUCUAUUUCCAUUUAACUUAUUAAUUUUAACUCUUAUCUUCCCCCCUCUCUUUUCCCCAUAGUUUUCUCUACCAUUAUAUUCAUAAUCAUUAUUAUUACACCACUGUUGACAUCUGCAAACCUCUGUUAGCCCUUCCUCUUUUUCAGUCCUUAACAUACUAUCUCCCUGUACAACUACUGGUUUGAAUCAGCCCCUCCUCUUAUCUUCGUAUCUCUUAUGUAUACAGUGUCUACCCAAAACUAUGUCAGUAUUACCAGGCGGUCUAAGCUUGAGGCUUCUAUCAUUUGCAUAGAAAUACUUAUACUUCUUGCCCCUCUCUAAUUCUGUGUGUACCUUUUCCUAUGCUGCCUUAUUUUUUAAUUUAUUUUUUAUUGGCUCUCAUUCGGUUCAGUGUAUCGUUUUUUGCCUUCUUGCCUUAUUCUGAUGACACAGAUCAUUUAGAGUCUGUUCUGUCCCAAACCGGAGCCUUUCUCAGCAUCUGCUGCUACUGCCCCAGAAACCAUUUUAAAUGCUGUUGUACAAGCUUUUCAAUUUUAAGUACCAGUAGUUGGGUGACAGUAUAAUACAAGUGUUACCUAUAGAAUAUCCAAUGGUUUAAUAUGAACACUCUUUUUUUAAUGACAUUGAAUAGAAAGUCAGUGUGCAGAGUGAAGGUAAUUUACUGCUGGAAACAGAAAUGGCAUGUUUGAUUUUUUUUCUCCACAUAGCUAUCAUGCUCAGUUCUUGUAUGUUCACUGAAGAUAGUGGUACAUUAUUGUUAGCAGAUCUUGAAACACAUGGCCAAAAUUAGAUUAUAUGCAUGAAAAUAUGUGAAAACAGGGCAGUUAAAUACAAAGUUGAUUUGAGUGGUAGAUUAUCCUUAGCCAUGAUAUCAGCUUCUUAAAACUACCCAAAGGGUGUGUGUUUGUCACUUAUAGCUUGAGUAAUAUAAUAUAAGUUCUCUGUAUUAGGGGUGUAUUUUGGACUCUGUUGUUGCAGUUUGUUUUGUUAUUUAAGCUUCAACUUUGGAAAUAUUUGCAGUUGGGAGUCGCUCCAUCUUGCAUUAUAUAGAAAAGAUGUUUCUUUUUAAAGUUAUAUGCUGUAAGGAAUACUUAAAAGGAUAUUUUGGAAAUGUUAUAUCAAAAUGAUUAAACUCAAGCUGUGGACUGUAAAAAAUUAUAGCUUUACAGGCCACAUGCCUGCCUACCCUUCAAUCACUGUCAAAGUGAUAAUUUCUGCAAUAAUAUGUUUCUUUUAUUGUGGGAUUCUAAACACCAAGUGCUGUUUAAACAUUAAAUGGAAUUGUUUAUGUUAGCUCUAUACUCACUGUGUCAUACACCAGGCCACUAUAAUCUCUCAUGGAAUGUAAAAAUUCUGUCAUGAAUCAUGGCUUGUGUAUUGGAAAUUACUGUAAUUUUGAUUGGAAAUUACAGGGCUCUUGAAAUGUUUCUAAUUAUGAUAGAAUGUUAACCGCGACUUCAAACCUGUGUGCUUCUUUAGAUGUCUUUUAUUUUCAUGCGAAGGUUAUGCAUUAAGAUGAAACAUCCGUUGUCAGCACCCGACCGUGUUACCCAUCCUUAGUCUUUCCCAGUUUUCCUUGGAUAUUGUAGCCAUAAACUCACUUGGUUGCUAGUGUAGUUGAUACCAAGAUUUUAUCCCCACCCCUGAAUUCUAACUGCAUUGUAAAGUCCACAUAGGACGCAUCUUAUAAUUUAAUUUUAAAUCUAGUAUGUCUUUUGUUUUGAGUAUAGACCAGAGGGAAUAUCGGUAAUCUUAGGAAACAGGAAGUUUACAUAUAGUUGAAAAUAAUUGAUCUAACAAUAACAGUAUUAGGUGAUACGUUAUUGAGAGCACCUCUAAUCUUAUUUGAAAGCACGUUCUGCAGUGUACAUCCAGUUAUUAUUGACCUAAGAAUAUUAGUACAUAUACUUAUGCACUUUUUAAAAAUAGUUUGCUGAAUAUUACAGAGCACUUUGUGCAAGAGGCACCAUUGCUAACAGUCCAUUUUAAUUAUUCUACUGGUUUUAGUUUUAAACUGAAAAGUGUGGAAUUACUGGCUUUUAAUUUCCAGACAUUGUGGUCUAGGAUUCCUAAUAUCACCAGUUCUUGUUCACAUCUUGCUUUUUUUUAACAGUGUUAUUUGCUCAGUAUGGUUCAGCUGUGCAAUAGGGCUUUUGAGACUGCAAUCCUAUAGACUGCAAUCCUGUAAUAGGUCUUACUGGUCUUACUUUUGAAUAGGCUUGCGAGUUUCCCAACAGUAAAAGGCAAUUGGUCAGUUCUCUAGUGGAAGCCACACUUUGGGCUGCUGCUGAAGAAAGGCAAUUAAGAAAGUCCAGGAGUAUGCCAUACUCCUGGGUAUGCAUCUCAGAACAGCACCCAUUGUCUUUCGAUCCUUGUCAUGGCCUUCCAAAAUGGUUGCAUACCACUCAUUCCCUACUGAAUGGAUAACUGAAUUUUGGGAUGCUGAAAAUUGCAUUGUGGAAAACAAACGUGCCAAUCACCUUAAUGCAACCACCAUUUAAACAAAUAGCUGCUGCUACUGCAGUACAGUCUUCUGAGUAGUAAGAAGCUGACAUGGAAAGAGGGCGCACAAUUUAGAAAUUAAUAACUUAUUAACAGUGCAAACUGUUUGAGAGUGGAACAGGCCACCUUCAUUACAAGUUUUUAAGCGCAGGUCAAUGGCCACUUAUCGUGUGAGGUAGUACUGGAUUUCCUGCAUCAGCAAGGAGUCAGACUAGGUCCAUCCAAGUCUGUGAUAUCCUGUCGAGAACAAGGAUAACGCAUAACUAAUUAUAUUUGUACUAUACAAAUAUAUAGAACGAAGUCUUUUCUUUCACUGUCACAACUGCAUUAUUUAUUUUCACAUGUAAAAUAGACAGUUGUCAUUUGGGUGCUCUCAGACUUCUUCACUGUACAGUGUGACAUGAAGACUACUACUUUUUUUUUUUGCUAGGGUGUUUCCCCCCUCCUUGUGAUGUUAAAGGGGACCUAAGUAUGUAAGAAGAAAUCUUGGCAGCGCUUGUGGUUUAGGGAAGCCCAAUGCAGAGUUUCGCUUUUACAGUGUGGUAGCAUCUAGAAACAGCUGCUGCUUGGUCAUUUGAAUAUGGCCCUGCCAUUUUGCACAAAAUGGAUCCCCUUAUUACUUAGUUAAUAUCACGAUGGCAUUGCUUAAAUUGCACUGGUAUUUAUUUUCUGGUAUGAAUGUUUGAUAGUAUUUUUAUGUUUCCAUAAAGAACUAUUCAUCUGGCACAUCAUAUUGGAUAAUCAUGAAAAAAAAUUAGAUUGGCUAUCAUAGCUUUGAUCCAUUUGUUGCAUUGCAGUAACAUUCCUCCUUACAUUAGUUUAGCACCAAAUGCUAUAUUCAGAAUAUGCAUUGUUAAUUAAAAAAAAUUAUCCUGAGUAUCUAAGACAGAUUGGAUUUUUAAAAAAUAGUAUAUUCUGGUAUUAUUAAAAUAUCAGGAGGAAAGGGGCAGGAUAUAAAUUCAACAAAUAAAUAAAUAAAAGAUUUCUGCAGCUAUAGCAGUGAAACUGCAAAAAAACAAAUGGGCCCAAUCCAGGUUAAGCACUUUUUUCUUACUGAUUUAAUGGCUAAGUUUGUGCUUGGAUUUCCCCGAUUUGAACUAAAGGGUCAAGUUUAACAAACUUGACUGUGACCAGUAUAUUUUUCCUAAAUAUGCUUCUCUGGUUGAUACAAUAAAUAAUGAAGCCAUCCCCUAAACACAUUAUCCUUUAGAGAACGAUUUCUGUUACCGAAAUGUAAAUAAGUCACAAUACAUGUAAGCAUUUUAAGCAUAUUUGCAUUCUGCCCUGCUCAACAGUAAUUCACUGGAUUGUAUUAAGCUGUUAUAAAACUUCACUUUGCAUGGAACAUUCCGAUGUAGAACAGAGUGCUCACUACAGUGUGAUUUGAUUCAGUUCUUGGCCCUUGUUGGAGACAUUUGUUUUUCUAAUGUAUAUAGUACUACAUGUACUUUCAGUAAUCUGAUGUAGCUAGAGAUAAUGCUGGCCCACUCCUUUGCUGCAUGUUACAGUAUAUUGCCUAACUUCCGGCCCUUCUAUCUUUAUCAUUCCAGUUGUUCAGUCACUUACACGAGCUGAAAUUAAUAGGCUCCCAUAGCUUGGUAGCAAACUACAUGUGCAAUGCUUGGCUGCUCUAUGAGCAUUUUAAUUUACGGUAGGAAAGCUGUGCACAAACCUAUUAUGUAAUUAUACACUCCUUCUCAACUUGCAUUUUACAAAGGAAAUUGUGGUUUUGAACAUAUUUCCUACACUUUCUUGCUUUCUUUUUCACUCUCUCAUGCACACUUCUAAAACUCAGGCCAUGUCUUCUCCUAGCUCUUCUACUCUCCUUGUGUGAUUUCAUCUCUUUUUGGACCACAGCUGUCUGGAAUUUACAUCCUUACUCCUGCUUUUCUGUUGCCUCUGGUUUGCAUUUGUUGGCGGCAGGGGGUUGUUCACAGCAUUAUUGGUUGUUCUGCUCUUGUAAUGUUCCUCACAUGCUUAUGGACCCGGCCACUAGUUCAACAGGCAUUGUGGUGGGGCUGCUUGUAAAGCAGUUAACUGAGCAGAACUGCUAAGUGUUCGCUUCAAACUGCAGAUACCCUAAUUUGCCCAGACAGGCAUGUAUUGCAACUAGGCUAUUAUGUUUCCAAUACAUAAGUGACUU